CCUGGUUCUUGCAGCGGAAUACACAUUUAUAUUUCUUACACACAAAGAGAGAGAGAGAGAGAGAGAGAGAGAGCGAGAGAGAGCAUCAAGACUCCCUCACACAUGUUUCAUUGUCCCACAGUGCGGACAGGAGGAUUUACCGGACUGCACCCUCAUCUGAAAAACCGGAUUUUGCUCUUUUGCUGCAUCUGAACCGGAUCAUUUCCAUAAUCACGCGUGGGUCUGCACCGGCUUUGACUGAGCGACACCUGCUCUGCCUCUCUCUCACUCACACACACACUCUCACACAUACACACACACACACACACUCUUUUGUCUGACAUCUCUGCAGCCGGCAGCAACCCCAGCGAAGAAAACGAAGAAGAAGAACCGGAGGUGGUGGUGGAGGAGGAGGAGGUGGAGCGGGGUGUACCUGACACCUCCUGCCGCGCGUCGCUGCUCUCUUUCCCGCAGAGACACCCAGGAGCGUCUGCCUCUCCCGCUCGGUUGUCCGCGUGUGAGUUAACCGCACUCUCUAUGGGGAACUCUUCCUGAAAACUCACUUUAUUUAAAAUAAAGAGCAACAAAUUAAUAAAAAAAGAAGAUUCGUGAAAGAACUUAGUCAUUAAAAAAAGAAACACGCAGGAUUUUUCCGGACAGAAACUCAGAAAGGACUACUCCUCUCCAGAAGAUGCGUCUCCCGGUGCUCCUCCUGGGUGUGUUGGGCUGUCUGUGUGCAGCACCGGGCCCCGUGGCUGCCGGAGCGGACAGAAGCUGCACCGACCUGCGGCAGUUCUACACCGGGAAAGGGUUCACUCUGGCUGGGGUACCACAGACUGAGAUCUCCGGUGAGUUUGGAGACGAGAGUCAGACAGAAAACACAUGAUUUUCUGCAUUUUUUUUUUUCACUAAAGCAAUAAUCCAGAGGUGUAUUUGCUCAUUUAUCAAUAUAAUGUGUAUAAUUUUAUAGCUCUGUGCAUGUCUCAUCUGGAAUUGAAACAAGAUUUAAAGUGUGCCUAUUGCUUCCUUUGGUUAUUGCCUUAUUGCUGGUCUGAAUGAGGAUUUUGAUGCAUACAAAUCAGUCUGCAGCUGAAUUGAAGUUUGCAGUUCAAUCUGCUUGUUUUAUUGUCCCAAAAGGCAGGUGUGCUUUCGCUCAGCACUUACAAACUCCUAUUUUACACCCGCUCUCCUGAACACUGCACCAAUCCUCAGUGAAGUGUCCCUCAGUCUGUAUUUGUCCCUAUUAGAGUCCUUUUCUGGGGCAUUUUCAUUGUCUGCUGAGAGGCAGAAUUGCAGGUGGGUGUAAGCCAUGUGCUCAUGGAUCCAUUUAAGUCAAUUCAGGGUAGUUACGGUUGUUUGCUGAUGCUUGCACUGCAGGUGAGAACACAGUUUAAUGUAAACUACAGCUAGAAUAUAGAUCUGCCUCCUGCUUGAGGCUGCUGGAGCUCCAUGUUGAAUUGCAGUGAGGUACUGGUGUGUUGUGGGGCAUUUUUCAUUGUCUGCUCUACUGUGGACUGCAGGUGUGGUUGGUGUGUGUAUUUCUGUGCGUAUGUGUGUUGAUAAAACGGCCUGUUUUGUCAUCAGUAUGAACUAGUAAUCGAGGUUAGUCUAGCAUGAGCUGGAGUUGUAAAGUUGAAAAAAGAGGGGGCUAAUGAGAGGUGUUUCAUCCUCUUGUCAGUCAGUGAACCAGCUGAGCAUUCAGGCAAUUAUGCAUUUAAUCAAUCAGUCAGUUACACAGCCUGUCAAGUAAUCAAUCAGCUCCACAGUCAGUCAGUCAAGCAACCAACCAGGCAGCACACAUCAAAGUGUGUGGAUCUUGUCUAUGUGGCUGCUACUCUUCCUCCUCCCAAUGAUUAAACUGUCUCGGCCUUGAGGAGAGCAAAGAUUGAAGAAUUGAGUUGUUUCCACCUUAAAGGCGAUCAUGUGUGGCCCCGUGUCUCCGCCUGUAUUUCAAGACGUGGAGAAAAACUGACCUCAGCUCGCACAGGGUGGGCUGAAAGGGAGGCGAGAUUGAGGUGUGUUCAGUGUGAAGGUCAUUUCAUGUUGUGUCAGUGAAAAUAAUCCUGUACGGGCGGGCGAGGUAUUAAUAUUGGAUGUGUCUGAGUGUGUAGGUGUGGGCGUGCGAGGGAAAUGGAGAUCAACAAACUCAUGAGAGGGAGGCAGAGACAGAGAAGAAGUGAGUCACUCAAGGUCUCUGUCUGCGCUUCAUGGACGGCUGAGGAGGAGCCACGACGUGACACCCGUGCCCCCCUGUCCAUUAAAAACUCAUCUUUUAUUGACAGAUGAAAAAACACAAUGCUUCACUCACUUGGACCUUGAUCUGCUCCACUUAUUUCAGCAGGAGCUCUGCCUCCCCAGAACCCAUUAACACUGACAACCAGAUAGGAACAGAAAGAUGGCGGCUGCUCGCGAAAUUCCCCAGAAUAUCGCUCAAUCUGUCUCAUUUCGGAGAAGCAAGGUCUUUGAAUUUAGCUUUGACCCAGAGGGAGAAACAGACUUCCCACGUACGUACGCCUCUGUUGGUCUCAUCCUGGAGGCUGGGACGGUCCCCUGAGAUCCCCAUAUAUGAGAAACUGUGGCUCAGCUGUGUUUGAACCUGAGAAAUCAUCAGGUAGGAGUCCUGUUUUGAGUAGCUUGAAUGACUCACCUGCCAAUUAACAUAUUUUAAUCUUCACAGUGAAUCACCCUCGUCAGUUAUACAAACAUUUCCAAGAACGAAUCUACAAGGUUAGCUACUUUCCAUUCACAGCUUUCUGUUCAUCUGUCCGCUGUGAAAGGUUCAAAGAGACUGAUUUGAUUUAAAAACGUACAGGAGGCUCAUCAGAACUUUCAUAACUAUUCAUGAACUCUUGAAACUGAAGAACCAGAUCACUCAGGAUAGAUUUUAAAGAGACGUGGGGUUUAAUUUUUUCUCAAGAGUUGUUAUUGAUAGGGAAAUGCACCAAAGGAAAAUGUUGAAGUAGUACAUGCAGUUUUCAUUAGCAGAUAAUAAACCCAGGUGUCAUAGAGCAUUUAAAUACAGCGCAAAGUUUAAAAGAUACAACCCAAAAGCAACAGCAAUGAAUGACAAAAUUAGGGCUGGUUGAUAAACUGAAAAUUUACUGAUACCAAAAUUUACGAUAAUAACUGACGUCAUUUUGCCCAUCUCAAUAUAUUCGGUGUCAUAAAAAUAAAUAAAAGUUGGUUGGGAUGUGUGUAGGUAGGCUAUGGUCUUAUGUCCCUUUAAGAUGCUGUCCUACAUCAGAGACGUGACUCCACCCCAUCCAGUCCAUAACAAGAUGGAGGACAGUUCAAAAGUUGUAGCGGCUUGAGCGCCAGCUGAAGUAGAUGAAGUUAAUGUGGGAGGGGGUGAGCAGCUUGUGGAGUAGUUAUCGUCCAUUUAUCGUUAUCCAGGUGAACUGCUCAAUAUAUUGUGAUAUUGAUUUGAGGCCAUAUCGCCCGGCCCUAGAAGAAAUCACGACACACGGAUAUACUUUUUAUUAAAAAACAAUAUUUUCAUAACAAUGUGACAAAAUCUGCAAUAUAACAAUUACUAUCACUUUGUCCACAGGGGGCGCCAGAGUCAACACAGGCAGAAAGUUCCUCAGAGGAGCUUUAAUUUGAGGCUUUCUCAUUCAUAGGUGACUAAUUUCUUUAAAUUAAGUGCCAAAAUUUAUCCCAAAACACUUUUCAAAAAGAGCAGGUCUGGACCAUAGACUGUAUAUAGAAUGGACGUCGUCUGCCUCCUUGCUGGGUGAAGCCACAGUGAGAACAGCACCCUCUGGUGAUGGGCUGCAGUAUAGGUCAUAAACCCCAACUCCUCCAGCAAUUCCUAUGGAGCUGUGGACAAACUUUAGAAAUUAAUUAAAAAUUCGUAUAGUGGCAAAGGCGGAACCAAGUUUUCCAUAGUGUAUACAGUCUAUGGUUUUGAACAGAUACUCUUGUCAUCCACAGAGAACGAACAUUAAUCCAUCAUAGAACUAGAGAGUGGCAAUAUUUAGGCGCAGUUGCAUUAAAAACUUCAUUUUAACAGGCAGGAUUCUUUAAUCGAAGUCGACGCCUGUUGAAAAACUGUCUGAUGAGACUGAAUGGGCUGAAAAAUGGGAGAGAAAGUGAGUCAUUCAGAGGCAAACACACAUUUCUUUAAAAAUACUGUGAAUAUGAAGGAGAUCUAACCUCCUAAUAAAGUUUUUAUUUGCUUUCAUUUAUUCAUUUCACUAUUCUGAAAACAGUCAUAAAAACAAGUUGCUUUCUAACAUUCAGGUUGAGUUUAUUUCCCAUGAACAGUCUUUCAGCCCCGUGGCCAUACAGACGCUCAUUUUGAGAAACAAAGCGUCUCCUGAUGUUUUGGGACAAGAUCUAACUGCACAUGAUACGCGUUAUCUGCAGAGCACUGGAGAAGGUUACUUGAGUUUACUGCCGAGUCUCAAGAACACAUGCACAGUAAUAAGGCUGGAAAACAGGCCUAGUUUCGAUUUACAGCAAUACAUCCUCUAAAAGCUCAAAAUUAUCGACAUGAAACUAUCAAAACUUUAAAUUUUAAUGCUUUUUUCUCCUUUUGAGUAUUCAGUUUUAUCAUCCUUUUUUAUUAUUUUCUACUGCAGACACUUUUAAUACUUCUGAUUUGAUAUUAAGCCCGUCUCAGGUCAGGCGGGCAACUACAGCGCAGUCUGGCAUGCGCAACAUCCAAGAAAUUCAGUCAGCCCUGUGAAUACACAACACAGCGCCAACACAAACACAGCAAAAUCUCCGCGCAGGAAUGUUGUUAUUGUGAAUGCAGGCAAUGAAUUUCGAUUUUUAGCGAGUAAACUCUGGCAGCAUCCAGGAAUACCAACACGUCAUACAUCACUGGCGUGCAAUUAGAUGUUGCAUGAGGAAAAGUACUGCAAGCCAAGCAAUCAGAAUGCUCCAUCUGCUCUUCUUUUCCUCUCCUCAGUCGAAGCUCAGCAUUUUCAACUUCGCUUUAAUAGAAUAGAGCUCAGACAUUUGCAUACAGAUACGGAGAGGAAGUCUGGAUAUAUACAGUAAACGAAAGCACGAGGAAAGUACAGAGAGACGGGUGUGUAUUAGAUCUGGUAGACAGCCCUGAUAGGAAAUGCAUGUUUCUAUCAAGUCUGAACAGGGUGUGGGACCUGUAUCAGUAAGUGGAUAUGAUCAAUAUCAUAAUCCAAAGUAAACUGUGUGUAAUCUGAUAAGAUGAUGCUCUUAAUUCCUUCCCAGAGUUUUAAAAAAGCUCCUUUUCUUCCCUCUCUGGGCUCACACCUAUUGUCCCUCAGCCGCAUGUGAAUGGAAGUCGUCUUUCCUGCUGUCUGCCCGUCUGUCUUUGUGCCUGCGAGCGCUUUAACUCUCUCAUUGUGUCCUCUACCUGGUCAAUAGUUAAAGACUCACUCGCCCUAUAGUGUGUGUGUGUGUUUAGGAGUCAGAGAAAGCCAACACCUUCUCCAGGGAAGACACUUGUGUUUCAUUCAGACAUGCAUUGUCAGAGCAGAGCAGCACACACCCAUGUGAUCGUAUGACAAACUGAAACAGAGAGGGACUGUAUGUCCUGCACGCUUCAUGUUCUGUACGACGAGCUAUUGAGUUUUGACGCCUGUAUGUGCGUUUUGUAGCCUAUAUAUUGAGUGUUUGUCACGUUGUUGUCUGUUUUUUAAAAGGGCUGCAGGAAGGAUGUGCUGCUGAAUGACAAAGCUGAACAUGAUCCUCUGUGUUUGAGGUCAGAUUACCUGUAGAUUAGAUACAUUACAGGUUUGGUUACAAGUCAGCGCUGUUAAACAACACUCAGUCAACCUGGGAGCUUUCAUGCAUCUACAUUUACAUUUAGUGCUGUUUCGCCCACGAGGGAUGCAAAAUUACCUGUUGUAGGCAAAUUUUCUUCCAAGUAAAGCACACAGUUAUAAAACUAAUUUCCAUAAACAUCCAUCUUUGUUGUACAAAUCUAGUAAAGGGGCAUGUUAACCAUUGUGUCGCAUCACUUCUUCAUUUAACAACACUCUGUAAAGUUGUGAGAAACAAUUCUUGAUGAUUUCAGCCGCACAACAGUUCAGGGUCUGUCUGCAAUGAAGCAACCGGACUCUUCUACUACAGAGCCAAGCUUUUGUAAUCCAUGUAAAAUAUUUUAUGUAAUCUCUUUGCUGCCCAGGCUUGGCAUGUCUGGAUUAGAGGUAUAUGUUCCUUUAAAACCUGCAGAUUGUUGAGCAUUAAUGGUAUUUUCCAUUUGCCUUUGACCAUCUUGAAUGGACUUGGGUUCAGAGAAGUGAUUUUAGUCGAUGCGGUUAUUUCCACUACAGAGUCAUCACUGUUGUUAACGCAGUGCUGCCUACUGGCCUAAAGAUCAGGACCAAAAUAAAUUAAGUGCCAAAAUUUAUCCAAAAACACUUUACAAAAAGAGCAGGUCUGGACCAUAGACUGUAUACAGAAUGGACGCUGUCUGCCUCCUCACUGGUCGAAGCCAUCACGAGAACAGCACCCUCUGGUGACAGGCUGCAGUAUAGGUCAUAAAUCCCGCUUCCUCCAGCAAUCUCUAUGGAACUAUAGACUAACUUUAGAAAUGUCUUACACAGACUAUACAUUUUUCUCCCCCCUGCUUGUGAUGUUGACAUGUAGUCCCUGUAAGACUGGUUUGUGCUCAAGUCCUCUUUUUUCUGUACAGUUCCAUUUUUCAAAGUUAUUAGGGGGUUCAUGUUUUCUAUGAUUGACACUUGAUACAGCCUAUGGGCGUACGAAGUUUGCAUAGCUCACCUUGGAGAUUUGUUGGCUGUUUGAGCUGGGAGUCAUCACAGCGACUCUCCUGCCGAAAGUGUACAACACUACUGCAUGUUGGUUGUUGGUUUCAGGAAGUGGAGAAAAUCCUGGGAAUACCAAGAGCAAGUUGGCCUCAAAGCGAAACCAAGUUGUCCAUACAGUCUUUGGCCAUGACUAUCCAGUGUCAGCUGUCAGUCUUGUCCCUUACUUUAAUGAGAUUUCUCUUAAAUUUUCUGUAUCUUUUUAGGAAAUAUUGCUCUGUGGUUGAUGAAAUCUUUAAAGUCUCAGGAAUAUUUUUCCUGAAAUGGCUGAACUAUUUCCUCACCCAGCCUCUCUUAGAGCUGUGAACCUCUUCUCGUCUUUAUUUCUGAGAAUUUCAGCCUCUCUGGAGUUCCUUUUUUUUAAACCCUGUCAUGGUAAGAAGUUGUUGCAAAUUGAUGUAAUUAGUUCGGAGAUUUUCCUCCGGGUGUUUCCUAGAGCAUGACUCAACUUUUUUGGGGGUGUUUUGUAGCUCUCGUCUCAACUGUUUUGAAAUGUAUUGCUUGAUUCAGCUGAGACAUUUGGGCCCAACCAAAAGAAUAAAACUUUUUAUUCAAUAACACAUGUGGAGUAGGGCUGCAGCUAUCGAUUAUUUUAGUAAUCGAGUACUCUAUCGAUUAAUCUGUCGAUUAAUCGAGUAAUCGGAUAAGAAAUGUUUUGCUCUCACUGUAAUACUUUGCAUUGAAUCACGUUUGCCUCAUUAAAAACCAUCAGUAACACACAAAACUGAAAUAGGACAGGUCUUUCAAAUGAAUAUUUUUACUGCAUAAAUCAGGAACCAAAAGUUUUACAUUUUACCAUGUAGUUCACAUGAAACUACUGAAGGCAAGGUCUGCAGAUGGUCUUUUAAUUGCUAUGGUAAUGAUCUUUGCAGUUUUCACUAAACCAGUCACAACUAUUUCCAGGCUUUGGAUCUAAUUUUACUUGUUUAAUUAAUAGGCUGAAAUAAUAUAAUUCUUGGAUACUAACAUAAUUUGACAAGCAAAUGUACAUUUAUUCAAUAUAUAAAAGUGUUACAUUUUUAUUUACAUGUUGUUGUGUGUUGGUCAUUUUGCAGCCCUCUGCUGCUCAUCACACGCCUAGCAGGUGGUGUAUAGCAUUAUCACCAUGGAUACACGGAUGUUUGUGUGAUUUUUUUCAUCCACUGCCGCCCGGUUUGUGUCGUGUAGAUGUUGAUUAUGAAAACACUUCGCAAUAAUUUGGAAACGUGAAGGGGGAGCUGCUGCUGCCCGGUGUUUACGGUAAAUAGACGCAAACACCGACCAAGCGGACGCUUCGGUCUCCGAAAACGCCGAGACAAAUUUACAAACAGCCACUAUUUCAAACAACUGGGCUCAUAAUCGUGAUGUAAACACUUACUUUCUCGCUAGAAAAAAUAUUAUUAUUGAAUGAAUUUAUAUAAUUUGUCCGGUAUGCAGUCGUUCUAUGUAGCUUGUGGUAGGACUAUUUAAAUUUUCCCGGCGCUGCGUCCGGCCGGCACGAAAUGCAUUCUGGGGUAUUUAGUAUGUAUGUGUGUAAACGCUCGGGCAGCCGCGGCAUACUCAAAUCAUCUUUGAGUAGUCAGUAGGCAGUAGCUACUGCUUGAGUAGGUAAGUAGAUAGCAGGCAGUAUGCCAUUUCGGACACAGCUUCUGUCUGUCCUCGUUUCCCUCCAUGAUUGAACCAAACGCGCGGCAGCGGAAGGAGCGGAAAGAGCACGCUUCUGCGCAACAGAAAUAACCGUCCGUGUCAAACACCGUGCGCUGCACAUGGUUCCGGAUUUAAACGAUUCCUCGAGGCAUAUAAUUUGCCUCGAGGAAUUUUAUUAAUCGAGUUACUCGAGUUACUCGAGUAAUCGUUUCAGCCCUAAUGUGGAGACUAGAGCCACUUUCGAUAUCUUCACGUCACUUUUUUAUUGUGGAAAAAGUUUUCAUCUUUGUUACAUCCAAAGUUUUAUUGUUGCAGCAUUUCUCAAAAAUGCUGUGCAUGUACAGUCAAAUCGAUAAAUAUGUUCUCCCAAUUUGCAGUGUGCUGAGCUCUCAGGGCCAUCUCACUCUGGGAACCUUGCAUUGAUUGCUAACCAUGACCAGCAGCUGCAGCCUUACAUUGACGAACACGAUAGUGCUGCACAAUUCAGGUUGAGUUUUCUGAACUUAAAGGACAAUAAUAGAGCUUAAAAUUUCACAUCCUCCUGCAAGGUGGGCCUCACUUUUGACCGAUAUCAUCUAAAAUGAUAAAAAACCUAAGAGUGCCCACUAUCUGCUCAAGGAAAUUGCAUGUACUGUAUGUACUCGAGCAGAGCAUCAAUAUUUGAGGCUUUACCUGCAGCUCAUCCACUGCUGUUUGCUCGUAUCUGCCCACAGUAUCCUGUCAGUGAAACCCUUCAGUGUAUGAGCUUUUACGCCUGUGUGCCAGAGAGGAAAUUGAUACUGUCUGUCAUCUGUCACACAUCACAUGCUCAGUCAGGCGCUCACAGAAGAAGUCGCCAAGUGGAACGCUGAAUACCCAGUCCACACAGACACAGAAUAACACAGCGCAUUUCUUUCUAAUCCUCUUCAACUUUUGCUCCGCUCCUCCUUUCUCUCUUCGUUCUUGUUGUCUGUCCUAUUCUUGCUUCCAUCUCUGCAUUGUUUUUCAAGACAGGAGCAGAUCUAUGAGUGCGGGGUUGUGCCUAUAAAAGUGUGUGUGUGAGAGAGAAAGAAUGAGGGGAGGGGUCUGGUUGGCAAGAUCUGUUAAAAGCAGAGCUGUGAAUCUUUCAUGAUGUCUGAUGCAGCGACAUAAGAGAGACACAGAGAUAGAGGUGAGGAGGAGGAGGAGAAGGAGGAGGAUGUGAGUGGAGGAGUCCAGAGGAAAGAUGAGAGAGAGAGAAGGGAGGAGGCUCUGUCCUGGUUACCUUAACUCAGCCGUCACUCCAUCCUCUUCCACAGAGGUGAACCAGGCGGGGGCUACAUCCACUGAAUCUGGUAUUUUUUAUGACAAACAGAAAACAUGAAACACGAAAAAUGUUAAAAGUCAUUUGCCCAAAAAUUAAAAGAAGCGUCCUCCAAACUGGAGAGCAGACGAUCCUAAAAAAGUCAAUUAAAAGGUAACCAUGGAUUCCCAAAAAGGUCGAAGAAAAUAUGAUUGAAAAUCUUAUAAUGUGUAAUAUUUACCUAUCUACUGUUAAUGCUGGCAUCUCUGUCCCGCUCCUUGAAUGCUUCAGCAGCUCUUUUGUUACAUUUGUUAACACAUCUAUCAGUCCUCAGCCUAAAAGCUUUUUCUUGUAACAUUCAUAGUCGAACCAUGCUGGCUCCAAAAGGCAUGAAGAGUACAAGUAUUAGGCUAACAUUAGGUAGGCUGGAUAAACAGGGACGUGUUAGAACAAAACAGCAGAACAGCGUGAUGUUUUAUGUUUUUGCUCAGACAAAUGGCGACGUAAGAUGCUGUUUUUUCUUUAUUUUUCUGUCUUCAUCUGCUGCUGAGUGUCUCUUGACUGUAUAGCAUUUAAAGGGAUAUUCCGGCGUAAAAUUAAGUUAAGGUCAAACACUCCAUAACACUGAGUUAGACACCCCCUCGAGAGAUGAAUGUGGCUGACUGCUUGCGUCUCUAGUUAUACCAACUUUAGUAACAACUAAACUUCAUCAACAGUACAUAUAGGGUCCCAGCCAUCAAACAUCUUUUUAGCCUUGCUUGGUUUCUUUAGCAAAGAGACUAAACACAACUCACCCACUCUCUUCCAGCAGCUGCUUGUUUGUUUGUGAGCCCUGACGAGUCACUUACCGAGUGCAGUGGAGUUUCGCAGCUCAAGGAAGAACAUUUAUGAUCAUUACUUCAUGGAAAUGCAAUCAGGCCAAGACACUCAGGCAGAAGAACUACCACGUCUGCAGUGCAAAAUGAUUAUUAUGACGAUUAUUACUUCAAGGAAAUGAUUCGCCCUAAUGACCCUAACUUAAUUUUAUGCUGUAAUAUCCCUUUAAGCAGCCAUGAAGUAUGAAUUUAAAACAGAUUAAUGACAUAGACAGUUACGUUUUUGUUCCUGAAUCUUCGAGACAAACUUCAGAAACUUGAUGAAUUAUCAGGAGUAUCAUCCCAAAUUGCCGUUGCCUAUCACGAGUAGGGAUGGGCGAUAAAUUAUCACUCAGGAUUUAUUGUCAGAAAAUUCUUUCUCGAUAAAUAUUUGCCAUCUCAAGAUAAACGCGGUAAAUGCAAGUUAAUGAUGUAAGUGCAAGUGAUGGACUCGCGGUGAAGAAGACGUUUAUAUAAAUAAAGGGGAUUGUGACGCAUAUUUGCACAUAUUUCUUCUGUUUUUACCAAGAAAUGUCAGGAAACUUCAGAGGAAACGUGAAGAGUUGAAGCGUAUUGAUAAAUUAAACUCAGCCCCACAUUUAUAUUCUUUGUGUGAACCCAUAGCUGUUAUCCUGAAUGACUGGGGUAAAGGCCAAAUGCUUAAACUCCUCCAAGGCCAACAUGUAAUCAAGUAUCUGAUGGAUUACAGGGAGAGAGUCUCACAGCGCUGAAUCCUUAUGAAGACCAUGUAAGAAAGGCCUCGGAGUGGUAGAGAAGAAACCAAGCGGCCAAAGCACAAACCGUUGGAUGCCUUCACAUCAAUCUUUGCUCCUAAAAAUCAAUGUGGUACAAACCCGUAUCGUUUCUCGAUAACCUCUGUCUUCUUCUUUCCUCUGCAUCCCUCCCCCUCGCUCUGGUUCACACCUCUCUCUCUCUCUCUCUCUCUCUCUCUCCCUCUCCUCUCUUUAAUGCCUGCUUCCUCCUUCUUAUCAGCCUCUAUUUUUACUUUCUCCUCCUCCUCCCAGCCUCCCUCUCAUCUUUCCCCACCUCUCUGGGAGUUGAGCGUCCAUCUGUUUUCCAAAUGAGAAGAUGAGCUGUUUGUGUGAUGUGGUGGGCUCGGCGGUUGCCUGGCUGCUUUAUGAGUCAGUGCACUUCAUACAUAUGCUUCAUAGGGCCCUUUAGACGCUUGGUUUCAGUGUAAAUGUGUGUGUCUGAAUAGAGCGGAUGUGUAUUUAUUCGUAAAACAGGAUACUUUACGCUGAACUGGCUAUUCUGGUAGCUGUUGAGCUGAUUCACCGUCAUCAAUAGAAUACUGAACGGUGUUAUAUGAAGAGAAAAUUGCAGCUUUUUACGGUUAAAAGACCGUUAAGUCAUGUGCUGUUAUGUGGUCGAUAAUUAAUAAUUUUGAAGCAAAAAUCACAAGUUUUGGGAUUUGGCAUUAAAAAGAAAUGAGCAAAUAGAGACAAAUGACUGUAGAAUAAUUCAUAUGACACUAAAUGUUAUCUGGAACCCCCACAUUAAUUUGCAACAGAUUAAUUCCUGCCAGAAAAACAGAUAAAACAAGGCAGCCUUGUUGUUUUCCAAUUUCAUUUUUAAUUGUGUUCAAUUUACCAGACAAGCACGAGUAAUGAGCUGAAUAUUCACCAGUUUUAUCCUAAAACUGAACAUAUGGGUGUGCUGUAGCCCGCUGUGCAGUAACAAGCCUGCGCGUCUUUUAAUUUGACACAGUUUUAAUAACUUCUUAUGAGCGUGAAUGGAGUCGACAGGAGUGGAUGAGUUGAGUCGGUUCACAGCGCCGCACAUUAGCCGCCGUGCGUCGUGGUUUGUAAUUUCAGGGAAGGACAAGAACGUUGGGGUUUUCCCUUUAACGGACAUAUUAGGGAAUUCACAGUGAUGCAUUACAAGUCCUCCGAACGGCUGAUUACUAAUAAUUGGUUUUAACAAGGAUUAAUGGGAUGGUUGUAAUUCAGGGUUCAAGAGCAAAAUGAACACGGGGGCUUAAAAAAAGUCACAAACGGCUGAUUUUACACAGAAUACUAAAGUCGUUCUGUCGGUUUGACACGAUGAAAUCAAACCUCUCAAACUCCAGGAUCAUAUCAGAUAUGAACAAGAUCACUUGUGUGCAUUUGCAUAAUGAGCCAAUUAUUCUCACUUGUGUAAUUGAUGCACUCUCAGCUGCCGGUACAAAUGACACUGUGAACUACGCUAACAACAAAUCUGCUCUUCUGAUUAUGAAGCGUCCUUCAAAAUAACUGAACAAACGCCACAGCUGUCGUUGGGUGAGAGGUGCGGUGAAUCCCGGACAGGUCCCGAGUCAAUAACAAGGCUGACACAUGCAGGGACACACACACACACACAUACACACACACACUCCAACCCUCAGGCAAUUCUGAGUCACCAAUUAACCUAAUGAGCAAGUCUUCGGACUGUGGGAGGGAGGUGGACUACCCACGGCGCCACAGCCUAUGCAUGCAUGAGGAGAACAUGAAAAAGCCACACAGAUAUGAGCUUAUCGAUGCAAACCACUGCACCACCAUGCUGCCUCUGAAAAGACAUGAUUUAUCCUGUUUAUCCACCUAAAAUGAAUUCACAUCUCUAAACUUUAAAGACCCCCUCUGAUGAAAAUCGUGUUUUUCUUGUUGUCUACAUGUUCAUAUGACAUUUUUCUGACUCUACAGGACAUAGCAUGAGAAAACUAAGUGUGACAUUGCCUUUCUGAGUAUUUCUGCGUUUAAAUCUUUGUGAAUCUCUUGUAGACCCAAACAGCAGGCACAGAUAGAGGGAGAUUUCUUACAUCACAAAUCCAAGCUCCGCCCCUGGAGCGCUGCUAUGCAGGCCUAGGAACAAGCGUGUGCGUUAGCGGAUUGCAAUGCCCGUAAGAAAGCUAACUAUGAUAUUAGCUUUCAUCAUGCCCCCAAAGACAAAGCUUCUAUGUUACCUGCUUCCCCAACUACACCGGCAAUUUUAGGUUACAAGCUAGCAUGAAGAGGAGUGUGCAGAGGAGCAAUGUUUCCGCCCACGACUCAGAGGCGAAUUGCUAAUGAGCUACUGGAGAUUUGCAGAAGAAAAGCCCUUGAAAAUGACACAGGUAAUGUGAUUUUGGCUAAAAAACUUAAUAAAUCUAGGGUGACCAUUCUGACUUCCCUUCUAACUCAGUAAGUCCACAUGAUACAAACUUGAAACUUCCGUACCAAACUGCAGACAUUUGAAGGAUUUUAUAAGCUUCCCCAAACAAAACCAAACAAGCCCGGAUAGCUCCCCAAAAAGAGGACAUGUCCGGAUAAAAGAGGACGUAUGGUUACCCUAUCAUAAUCAGAAUUUAAAGACCACUGAUAACACUUUCAGUACUAAAAAAAACAAUCAUAGUUAAACUUUAAAGUGCUGCCACCAGUGCACUACUGUAGCCAACAGAGAUGUGUGAAUAGAUACUCCAGUGAUGAGCGGCAGCCCUGAGCUUGACUGCUCGGUUCAAACAUUGUGUUUUGCAGAUGAUGUGCUGAUGUCAAACCCUGGUCUAGAACCCACAGGAUGCAUGAGCUGACACUUUUUCAACAGAGCCAACGCCCUGUAGGCAUCAAACCUAACACAGGAUAUAUACCUGGACAGGAAGUCAAACGUUUUCAGUGAACGGUACAUACCACCCUGUCACUCCUGAAACAAAACAACAAAUGAGAACAGAUGAGAAAUACUCAUGAUGUACAUGUCAACACAAAACACCCACAUGAAGAAGAAGAAAAUGCACACAGUUACUAAACAACUUUAAAAUCAUGAUACGAUUCAGGAUUGAUACUCUCCAGGUGCAGUCGGGGUUUCCAGUCCAAAGAAUUUAACAGUCAAAUUAGAAAGUUAAAUAAAUGACAGGCUGCUCUUGUUAAAUGUUGUGCGCAGUCGCCCUGGGAGACAUUACAUUGUUACAGCCAAUCACACAGCUAAUCACACAAGUGUUUUCCUUGAAUCCCAGCAGGGUUUUAAUGCCUUUUAUAGCUUAAAGAGUCUCUUAAGCGGAGCCUUUAAAGUAUCUCAGUGCCUCUGUACGAUGGAGGGUGUUUGAUUCGGUUGGAGUGUCUUAACUUGGAGGGCAUCAGAGCGCUGAUAGGAUCACUGAUUGAGAGUAUUAUCAGAGGUAGAUCUCGUUGAGUCUGACUGGAUGUCUUUUGGCAUGUGGAUCCGGCACCACCCCGACAGGUGAGGGAGAUUUGGCACCUGUUUCAGCAGGCUGUGUCACCGGUGUUACAUCACAUGUGAAUAGAGAGCGAGAAGGUGAUUGAUUUUAAUGUUUGGGAGCUGAUUGAAGAAGGUCAAAUCAAUACAGGUUCACGCUGCUGCAUUCACCUGAAUCCAAGCGUCUUGGCGUUGAACACACUCGUGCACGUAAACACACACAUUCAUCAGCUGCCGUAGAGAUCCUGUUAGGUGUCGUUAGUUAAUGGGAAGCCUCAGACUAAAUCCAGCAGGAUCUCACACAUCACAGCGUGUCUCCUCGUGUGUGUGUGUGUGUUCACGUGAGGCUCAGACACAGGCCUAUUAAUAGACACGUUGACGAGAAAAUCCAAAGUCUGUGCACGUCCGCUGUGUUUGUGUUUCUGUGAACCUUCGUGAGCUUCACACCGCCGGUCUUAUCAGCUCAGUUUUUAUCAUUUUAACCUCCCGAGUCUCGGCUCAGAGGCUAUUUCCUGUUAUUUUUAUUGUUAUCUUUUAUGGCAUUUCUGCUUUAUUACAUAGUUUGCCAUCGGGACUGAGAAGUUUAUUUCACGGAGGUGGCGAACUGCAUAAAAUGGCUCCUUGGCUCAUAACAUUUUAAAGAUACAGUGAGUGAGUCAUUUCCUGACGAUACACCGGGUUGUCUGUAUGAGUUUUAGAAACAUAGCUGACUUUGUGCUGCAGCUCCUGGGCAGCGCUUACAUACCUCUGCCCAGAAGGAUCAUGGGAGAUUUGUAAUAGAUGUUCUAUUUAUUUAGCAUAAACUGUAAUUAUCUGGUGCAUGUUAAAAAAAGGCGUGGGCUGACAGCAACUCAAACAAAUACCAGACUGAUCAUCCCAACUACUCACUCUGAAGGGGGAAACUUGAUAUUGUUGUUAAUGGACUUCUUACUGUCAGACAGGUCUCCAGAAGAAAAUAAUCCAAUGAAACAACAUCAAAUCAGAGCUGUGUCAAACUGAAACAGAAAAAUAAUCUACUCAAGGCUGAAAUCUUUGCUUCUCAACUCUUUUGAGUCAUGUUUCCUUCUUUAAAACACAAGUUUAAACAUUAAUUACUUUCACUUUUUAGUUACACUUGGAGUGCAGUAGACUAGGGCUGAAUGAUACGUCCUCGAUGUAAUAAUUACACGGCAGUCAUCUUACCUGAAACACAUCAUGCUGUCAUUGUUGCUGGCUGUGCAGGAUUUAUCUCCAAUAAACGUCCGUCUGAGAUCACGCUAAUGCAGCCCCUCACUGGGAAAGCUGUGUCGGCAGUGUCAGUAUCUGUGUGUCACAUAAAUGUCAAGGUGCAUCAGAGAUAUCUCUACGGUCGUGAUUACAAGAUAGGGUCUUCACUUGUCUGAGUGCGCAUUAGCAUCAGGGGCGCGCACAGACUGUUUAACUAUCUUUUAGUGCCUACACCUGCAGUACGUGUAGACUAGAGUAGUUUUGAAGUCAGAUUAAAAAAGGUGGAGAGCUUUUGCUUAGUUAGAAAAUCACCAUCACGCCACUGGACGGUUAUUUUCUUCACCAAAACGGCGUCUGUGUCACUCAAAAUCAAAACCAGGUUGUAGUACCAGUUGUACAGUUUGGUGGAAGAGGGAAAACUUCCUUAUGUUGGAUUUCAGGCUUUUGAUUGCAGGUCCAAUCUGUGAUAAAUUGCACUGGUGUGUGAGAUGAAAUCUAAAUUUGGGGGACCCCAGAUGGAAAAAGGUUCGAACUGUAUCCCGCCAAAUUUUCAAGAACAAAACAUGCCGUUUCUGUGCAAAUGUGAAGCUGUCUGUACCAUCUGUUUUUGUCACCAGUAGGCUACCUUAGCUGAACAACAGUGGUUGUAAGGUCUGAAUAAAUUCAGGUAUCUUGAGUUGAACAACCUUUUCAGUCUAAUCAACACUCUGCAAGAUGUGUUCUCUAAGUAUGUCGUGAGUUUCUCUCACUAUGUGAAGUGUUUUUGUCUUAUUUCAAGGAAAAACAUGUCUUGAUUGGUUUGAUUUAAGACAAAUUCACCCGACUAGUCCAGGAAAAUGUUUUGUUUUGAGAUGCCAAAAAAGAGAUCUGAAUAAACAGUAAUGAGUUGAAUAAAAUUCUGCCAAUGAAAUAAGAGGAAAAUACUUUAAAGUCUCUUGAAACAAGACUUUAGUAGAAAUUCUCUCAAUACAAAAGACUUGAAAAGUGCAUUUUUCUCAUUCCUUUGGCAGAUGUUUUUCUUUCUUACCACAGGCAGUGCAGAUCAUGUUUUUGUGUUUGUAUCAUUUGGAAAUAAGACUUUUUCUCUGAAAGUGAUGAGAAAUAAAAAACCUAAUAAGACUACUUUGUUAGAAAUAAAACAAGAUUUGAGUUUUUUGUUUGCUUUGAUUAAGUAUAAAAGGACGGCUUGUUUUAACCCAAGUUUUUUGGCAAAUGUUUUUAUCAAUUCUUUUGUUUGCUCAGUUCUGGAGUUUAGGAACACCAUGAGUCUCUGAUCUGUUUGGUUGUUUUUGCCAGGAAUUAAUCCAGUAUGAGGACAGGAUGUAAUUGAUACCUCAAUUUUAAUGUCUCAAUAAUUGCUGGAGUAAAUUCACUCCCAGCUAAAUCUGGAUAUCUGUCUGUAGUCGUCACGUGGUGGAAAGUAAAGUGGACUCUUGCUGCUGGACAAAAACUUCCUUCACAUUCAAACCUUCGAUCCAGAACCACGUGGCUUUUUUUCCCAGCAGAUGUGAUUAGUCGGUCAUUUCCACAUCUCAUUCAGCUUCUCCGUUCUGACACUGAGGACUUGACCUGGAAAAGGCUGUGACCCAAUGUUUCCCCAUCCGUGAGGACUUAAUGCUCCCUGCUGAGAAAGCCCCUUUUAACCCCCUCCACCACGCUGCUCACAUUCACAUCUUCCCAGCUCUCACCUUCCCGUCACCACCAACAACACUGCGCUUUUGGAUUAGGGCCUGAUGUCUAAUCUCGUGCUAAUCCUGGUCUGUUAAUCUACGUGUUAGAGGUCCUUAGCUCACAGCAUGAUAGCACUACGCGCUGACCUUGCCAGCGAGGGGAUAACACACAUCUCUCUUGUGUUUGUUUCUGUUUGACCCUUGCUCUUAUUCAGCUUGUUAGAACUUGCAGAAAACUCUCAUUAUUUCCCAGGACUUCUGAAAUCUCACAGGGCGACACAGUCUUCUGUUUACUGUCAACUGUAAAUAAAGGCUAAUCCCUACAGUCAAAGAUAGCUGACUUGACCCUUGACCUCUCCAGAUUUAAUCCACAUACUUGAACAAAUGUGCACAGUCAGGCGUUGGCUGACUCUCUCUCAGUGUGGCACACAUCAGCUGGCACGUGGUGUGCUUUUUUACAAGGCUGAGCGAAACGGAGUAAAACUAGUAGUUAGUUUAAGAUCCUUUAACUGCUCCCAGAAAUUACAUAGAAUUAUAGUAUUAUACGCUGGAGUUGGUGCCAUGCGAACACACACAUGCACAAACAUACACGCUCAGCAGGCAGCAGACAGGGCUGGUCUCGGAGGUGGUGGGGUAUUUUUGGCUCGGUAACGGUAUAAAAUAAGUAAUGGUUGACCAAAAACACAGUUUGUCUACACCUCUCUCUGCUUCUGCUUCUGUCUUAAUACUAUGCCUACUGUCAAUGUCACAUUCUUGCUAUUUGCACCAUUUUCCUCCCUUUUUUUCACAAGUCUGGUCCUAAGAUAUUCAAAGCCUCAGCAAAUACUAUUUUUAAUUCCUCACUGCACGCCUGCUCUUGGUGCUCGGUAACAGUGAAAACAAAGAGGAACUUAUUUUGUAGUUUCUGAAGCACAGUGAGACAAAACUUUAUUUUCAGCUGUGUAAUGGCAAAACUGAUCAAGGUUUAGAUUGAAAUACCAUCAUCAUUUUGCCCAUAUCAAUAUAUUCAGUUUCAAAAAAAUAGAUAAAUAAAUAAAUAAAAGUUGGUUUUGGAUGUGUGUAGGUAGGCUAUGGUCUCAUGUCCGUUUAAGAUGCUGUCCUACGUCGAAGACAUGACAUCCAGUCUGUAACAAAGAGGGAAAGACAGAUGAGGAGAUGGAGGACGGCUUAAAAGAUGGAGCGGCUGAAGUAGACAAAGUUAAUGUGGGAGGGGGUGAGCAGCUUGUGGAGUAGUUAUUAUCCAUUUAUCGUUAUUGAGGUGAACUGCUUAAUAUAGUGUGAUAUUGUUUUGAGGCCAUAUCGCCCAGCCCUACCAGAAACCCUCUAAUAAAGAUCUGAGUUCAAUCUGCUGCCAGGCCCCUAACAGUGACCAGACUCACAUCUUUCACAGGCUGCAGGGAUUGGAGUAGACCAUAUUGAAGACUAUCUUUGCACAGUUUGGUUCGGUUUUUGUUUUAUCAUAACCAAAGUCACUGUAAAGAAACUGUCAGCAUCUCCACUCUCAGCUGCGCAGAGCUGCACUCUGUGAGCUCUUACCCGGAAUAUGCUCAAGAGGAUAUAUAAGCUGAAUGGAGAGGUUCUUACUUUUUUAUUUUUGAUUCAACUCAUAAUAUUUGUGACAAAUGUCACAGUCAUCUUACUUUUUGGACUGAGCUAGUGAAAAGAAGCUUUUUUAAAAAUAUUAAGAAACACAAACUAGGACUGGGCAAUAUGGCCUCUUUGUUACGGACUGGAUGGGGUGGAGUCACGUCUCUGAUGUAGGACAGCGUCUUAAAGGGACAUGAGACCAUAGCCUACCUACAGACAUCCAAAACCAACUUUUAUUUAUUUAUUCUUUUGACACUUAAUAAAUUGACAUGGGCAAAACAACGUUGGUUAUUGUUUUAAAUUUUGGUUUAUCGCCCAGCCCUAAUCUAUACAACAGAAUGUCUGUUUGGUGUAUGAUUUUUUUUUGUCCCCAGAGACUUGCCGUAGGCCGCUCUAAAGCAGUUGUUGCUGCUGUUAUCCAGUUGAUGUGCACAUUAGGUUGCACUAUUACAUGUUCACACGCUAAAUAGGCUGUUACCUGAGAACACAAUAAACAGCAGAUCUAUCAUAUUUAAUUGGUCUAACCUGCAGGUCAAGGAGUCUUAUCGAUCUGGGUGUUGACCAGAGCUUUGAACAGCUCCGUUAGGGAAACUAGAUUUAUGCUGAACUGUCAUGAAUCGGACCUCCAGUCAUUUUUAUGUCAAUCAAUUAUGCAGUGAAAGGAAGAGGAGCACGGCUGUAAAUCAGAAAGACAGAAGUUACAGAUUUAUGGGACAUUUAAAAGUAGAUUACAGCUGCAUGAUUUACUCCAUUUCCUCUUUUUUUUGCCGCUCCACUUCUGCUUCUGUCUCCACUGAUGAUCUUUCACCCUUCUUUCCUUCCCUCCUCACCUCCUCCUCCUCCUCCUUUCAUUUCCAUUUUUAUUGCCUCCUCAUCUCUUCAUCCCUCUUCUUUCAUCAUUACGGCUCCACGUCUCCCUCUUUCCUCCCGCUUUACUUCGGAUAGUAAAAAGGUAAAAGUGUACUUUGGGAGGAAGGCCAUGUGGAACACUAAAUCACAUGCAGGUGUCUUUAAAUGGCGGAGAGAGUGUUAGACGGAGGCACGCACACACACACAAACAUGUGUAUUUGCACACACUCGUACCACCGGCCCCUCAUUUAGGUAGCGGUAAUUCGCCGCAGCGAGUGACAGGGUUAUUGUAAGACGCUCAUUAAGAAAGGGAAGCAGCGAAUAAACGUCUGACUGAAGGGAAUAAAUUCAAACCACGGCUUCCACUUUUACUGCGCGGCGAGGAGACGCUUUGAUGUGGUUUGUGACGGCAGAGCGAGGGCAGACUCGGGGCGUGUGAGUGAGUGUGUCAGAGCCCGACCAUUUCCCUCUGACACUGAUCUGACAUAUUAUUUAUAAUGUGCUCCCUGAACUGUUUACAGCAUGUCUAUAUACGCCGUGUUUGUAUGUACUGUACUCUGUGUUGAUUCUGUCUGGAGAGUUUCGAGGGUCAGAGGUCAGAUCAGUUACCAAAAGGCAGACUGUUACCACGAUAACACGGUGCAAGGUCACUUCCUCUGGCAAACUUUCAUCUCAGCAGGGAAGGGGGAGGAAAAAAGAGGGAUGAAAGGACCAAGGCGAAGACAUGAGGACUGACAGAAAGAGUGAAAGAAGUAAAGAAACUGGUUUGAGGAGACUUCAAGUUGAAGCAAAACGAAAAGGAAGACGGAUAGACGGAGAAAAUAAGGAUAAAAGUAAAGAAAGCAUGAAGGUGUGGUGAGGCUGUAUGAGUCAGUGUAAUUAUAAAUAUAUAGAUAUACUCUGUAGGAUUUUGACUGACAUUAAACAUGGAAAACCUCCAGGAUGAUGUAACAGGAUCUUUGUGUUGUUUGAUCGUUCUUCUUUGUAAGAGAUGCAGCAGAUGGAGAGCAGAACUUCACUGUUUUCCACACUCAUCAGCUUCCCAACAAGAAAGACUGUUUCUAAACUCAUACGACUGAACUAACCAGUAAAAACUGAGGGUGUUUAAAGGACACCUACGAUACUCAUUUUCAUCUUUCGUCUAUGAAGCAGCUUUGCGUGAAAAACUCCUUUGUUAUUUUUAUACCGGCAUCCAUGAAAACCCUCAUUUCAGCAGGAUUCAGCACCUGCCUGAAACAGUUAAUUUCUGCUGCUUUUCCACUGAAAUAAAGUUAACUACGGAGGCCAGGUGGUGACAUGGUGACAUGAAUUUUUUUUAAUUCGCACGUGUGAUUUAAAAUCUCUCAUGUGCGCUUUAUACAUAUCUUGUAUGUGCGUUUUAUUUGUAUCUUGUGAAUGUGUUUUUCUAAAUAAUCCUCCGCUCACCUCAUUUGUGAGAGAAGAAGGACAGUGUCAUGGACAGAGAGCAUAUUAUCAACAUUUUCUUUCAUUUAGGUAUGACUCACAAAGACGUACUUUAUAGCUGAGCCAUAUUUGGUCGUGUUUUAAGUAGAAGACACCUCAGCAGGAUCCUUUUUGAUUUCUUCCUUGAAUGUUGUGAACUCUGCUUUCAGUUCAGCUUUAAAAUCUUUUAUUUCUUCAGCAAUAUCUUUCAGUCUCGUACGUAUUAGCAUAGCUGCUUCGGUCUCCAUUUGUUCUCCCUCAUGGUCUGAGUCUGUGCCUGUCAUGUUGUCUCUGUCUUCGGUCAUUUCUGGUUGUUAGCUUUGUUUUUUUUUUUGUCAGGUUAUCUAUUUCUUUCAGAGUUGUUGGGUUGAGUUGAGUACUGAUCAGGAGCUAUUUCUCUAUGCUGCCAUUUGGGGCUGGAGCUAACCCGAAGCGUCAUCACCUCAUCAGGAUCCUUAAAGCACAGUGACUUUGCCAUCGGCGAUAUUUGGACUUGCAGGAAAUGAUUUUGUUUAUUAACACAUUAAUAAACAAAAUCAUCAAUUCACAACACAUUCAAAAUGGUUAACUUCAACUUUAAUUCCACGUCUGACAAAGAAAAUGACCCUUAAUACUUCAGGAUUUUUUGGCAGCACCAGGGGUGGCCAAAAGAGGGUCCAUGUCAGCCCUGGCCCCCUCUUUAGACACGCCCCUGAGUAUUAUUCGAACAUCUGCAUGGGUAAUCCUGGAUUCAGCAAAAAUCGGAACAUCUAUCUGAUGGAUGAGGAUGACAUUUGGUUCCGCUAGUCAUGAUCCCCAGUGGACGGAUCUGACCAAUUACUGAGAAUUAGACUGAUAGAAAUGCAGAUAGAUCACCAAAUCCCCCUUUAAGUGAAUUUUAAUAACCUGAUUGUAAAAAAAAAUCACUGUUCAGCAAGUAUUUAGAGUCUCAACACCUGUGAUGAUGUUUGUACCUGAUAGAUUGGCCGAUCAUUUUUCCGAUCACAGAUUCCUCUGCAGUCUCGCCUCAUGUUUCGCCAAGUUUCUAAAUGAUUAAAAGAGUUUCUGUGGUGAAUAAUUGCCAAAACUAUACAAGUAUGACAGAUGUUGUUGUAAUCACCAAUUAAAAUGCUCUUUUCAGGUGUUUUAUCAACUAUAAAUAAGAGUCUAAUUUCAAAGCAAGCAGCUCGUCAGCGAUCCUCCUCUCUGCAGAGGAGCUGUUUGUCAAACUCCAAUUUUGCUCCUUUGUCAGCAGGCUGAGCAACGGUCUAACAUCUGGAAACUAGUCAUCUGAGAGGCUUCAGUUAUUCUUUACAGCGUGCUGAUUCAGCUGCGGCGCACACUGCCCGACCUCGCUCUGAGAUUAGAGCUGGCUGUGCUGCUGCAGGUUAGAUGCGUGAUGGAGCACUUCGACUGUAGCUGAGAUGGUAAUUGGAUUUCCACGUCUCAUUUAACCAGCUGGAUGCCUCGACAAUCCCAGAUAUUGGAGGCAUCAGUAGAGUUUUUCAAGUAAAACAGAAUUGAUCAUGUUUUGCUGGGUGCAGAAAUUGUUUUUAAUUAUUUACAAUUAAAGGAAGUUCAACCAGAACGUUUUUUAUCCAGCUCAGCUAAAGUCAGCCGGGUAGAUACUCAAUUAUGAUUACAGUUAUAAUCAUGGUCUGGCGAUUUUGUUUUACUUGUUGUUUAGAAAGACUGAGAAAAGUUCAAGAGUUUUAGUUUGUACAGAUUAUUUCAGUUUAUCUGUUAGACCAGGAACUGAGCAGCUACUGCUGGUUAAUAACUUUACAGCAGAGGAUGUGGGUUUGUCCUCUGAUAUGUAGUCUGAUAACACACGUGUGUAUGUGUGCAGUAGAGAUUAUCUUUUGUGUGCAUUUCAUUCAACAUAACCUAAAGCCUCAGGGUAUUACAUCUCUGCUAUUGUGUGAGUGUGUGUGUGUAAAUGGAUAAAAGCUUAUAAUAUUAAUAACUGCUGAGUGUUUGUGUGUGUGUUUAUGAAACACGGUGACCUGAUCUACUUAAUUGUUUGUCUGCUGACCUUGAUCCACCCACUCAAGGCCACAAGCCGAGGUUUGUGGUCGUGUUCGUGUGCGCAUGUCGGGGGUUUGGCUUCCGCUGUCUUUCUCUAAAACUGUGAAAUAACCUUUAAAUUCAUGUUCAACCAACAGAACAAAGGUUUGAUUGUUGGUUGUAGAUAAAGACCUGGUUUCGACAGAAGUUUCAUAUCUGAGGCACACUUAAACGUGGUCCAAUCAGAGUUUGAGCUCUAUGUUUUGGUUUUUGUCUCAGAGGAAGUGGACCUUCUAUCUAAAGCUGCACUGAAACCCCAAAAACUCAGAGAUACAGUUGAGCAAUAUCUAAUAUUCAGAGAUGGGGCUGCCUGAUAGUGGAUGUUUAAUGUUUUCUUUGCAUUUGAUUAAAUACCAAAGUUUUAUUCUAACAAGUAAAAAAGGGGCCUGUCAUGAUUUUUAAAAAACCAUUAACUCAAGAUUUGGGUAAAAUGAAGAAGUUUUUUGAGCUUCAUAAUGGUCAGAUAAACAUGGUUAUCUGAGUCAGUAACCUGCUCCAGAUCAAUUCUUAAUUUGUGAAAUAUAUAACUAUGUAUCUCAAAACAUGACUAUUAUUUUUGUCAUGAUCAGGGCUGUUAUGAGACCAGAUUUCACCUUAUGACUAUCACGGCUGUAAAAUAUCACAAUGCCAUAGCAGUUAUAAUGUUCAUGGACAUAUUGAAAGUGAAUCAACACAAUCAGUCGAUCAGAGGAAAGGCGACAUAAGGGUGGAGAAACACACACAAAACUUACAAAACUAAACCUAUUUAUGUCACUAUCUUAAAUGUUAUCAUUCAUUUAUAAUUAUAUCCAGAUUUAUGAUUUAUCACCAGCGCAGUGACAGAAACGAGUGUUUGACAUGCUUUUAUUUUGAUAGCUUUUCGGUGGCUUUUUAUCCCGCAUAGUAAAACCAUGCUUUUAUUUUGAAAUUUGCCUGUUCUGGUUAAUUGUAAGUUAUUGAAAUGAAUGAAACAAGCCAAAAGAACAGGUACAAAACAUGACCAUUUAUUAAAUGCCAUUGCACCAACCUACAAGGUUAGCGUACACAUGCAGUAUUUUUGGCCCCUGCCCCUCUUAUAUAGUCACAUCAACAUUUUCCUCGGCUGUGACACUCUGAGGCCUUUGCUCUGUUUUUAUUGAUUCAAUCUUGUGUAUCUAAUGUUUUAUGAGCUAAAUUAAGAUUAUACUGUCUACACAGCUCCUAAUUCUAACAAGAAAAAGCAACACGGUGUCCUUAUAUCAAAAGGAAACACAACAAAGCAGCUCGUAGUAAAAAUAUGUUUGGUUACCUGAACCACAAACAACUGUGCUUGAUUCACAAGAGCGAGAAAGAGGAAAAAAGGGAAGCUCAUCAAUCAAUUUGAAUUAUCUUAUGUGUUAAAUCUGCUCAUAAACCUUGUUGUAAAAGUGACUAUUUGUGGUUGAAGAUGGAGCCAAGCUUGCUGUUUUAUCACUGCCGAACAAGCGAAUCCCCUCCUGGCUCUGACUUUAUACUAACCCUAAAAACUUUUGAGUGGUUCUUGUCUCAUUAUCGAACUUUGGCAAAGAAAACAAAAAUAUUUUCCCAAAGUCACAAACCACCUUCAGAAGAAGACAGCAGGAUAAACAGUUGCAGUUAUCUUGGGGAAAGAACCUCUUUGAUGAAGACGGGGAUAUCAGGGAUCUUCAUCAACGUUAAUCCUAGAUCAGCGCUCAGGUCAGUUUAUGGCUUAAAUGAACCAAAUUAAAGGGGAUUAAAUGUGCAGUUUUUUAAUCACGAUAUCCCGUCAGGAGAACUUUUAUAUGUCUGCAAACUAAUCCCACUCAGUGAUCAAUGCAAUACCAAACUCAGCAUAAUCAGACAGCAAUGAUGUGGGGUAAAGAUAAAUAACUUGUAUAGAAAACAACUUCCCAUGAACAUGAAAAAUGAAUUUUACCAGAGGGGAAAUACCAGUUAUGUGUCUGUAGCCAGAAGCCAAACCAAUAACUAAUCCUGGGUCUGACAUAGAAGACAGCAGCUUGGCACUGUAACACACAACACAUAACAAAAAAAAAAAAUUUCAGUCAGGGAGAAAUUAAUCAAUUCAAGUGUCAGAGCGAGCGGCAGAGAGGAACAGACAGCUCCUUAACUCUUCAAAUAAAUUUCAGUCUUAGCAGCGUCUGAUUAAAUCAGGGUGUUGUCAAGGCCGGAGUUUUUGGCUUGAAUAAUGGAAGUUUAGCUUGAUGAGAGUUUGAUUUAAGUUUGUGUGAAGUUUCGCUCGGUUAAUUUGGUUUAAUGAAGGUCUCUGCAAAUCUUAAGUUAGUGAUGGAGGCUGCUCUGAAUGUCUCUGGCUGCUGUAAUGACUGUCAGGGAUUUUAAUAAAUUAAACAGCAGUAGGACACGAUGAUGGGGAUAAACUUUGACUUCAAAAUAAACAGCCUGCUGUUUUGCAGAAACAGCAAUAACUGGCAGUUUGAUUGAAUUCUUGUUGCUCGUAUAUAUUGGAGAUUAAAUCAUAAGAAAUAACAUUUUAUCAUAUCAUAUUAGACCCUGUCAUUUCUUAUCCUAUCAUAUCAUCUCAUAUCACACUGUAUCAAACUAUAUUAUUGUGUGUCUUACUGUGUCAUAUCACUUGGUAUUGCAUCAUAUUGUUUUGCCAUACUGUGUCAUGGCAUGUGAAGCUGUAUUUUAAUAAUUCACAUUGUUUUGUGUAGUUUUGUGUCGUAUUUCAUUGUGUCUCUUCAAAGUAUAUAGUAUCGUGUUUUGCAGUAUUGUGUCAUCUGAUUGUAUCUUAUCGUAUCUUAGUGAAUUGUUUUGUAUUGCAUCGUUUCAAAGCGACUCAUAUCGUUCCAUAUAGUAUUGUGUCCUAUUGUAUGGCUGUAUCAUAUCAUACAAUACAUUAUGAUAUCAUGUCUUAUCAUAUGGUAUGGUAUGGUAUCAUACAUCAUAUCAUAUAAUAUCAUAUCAUAUCAUGUUGUAUGGUAUUGUAUCAUACUUGGAAUAUUCCGUAUCACACCGUAACGUAUCAUAGUUGGAAUAUUUCGUAUCAUAUCAGACCGUAUCACAUGAUAUUAUAUCUUGUAUCCUAGCAUGUGAUUUUUCUAUAGUAUUUCAUCCUUUUCUCUUAUAUUAUUCUGUUAAAAUCAUUUUGAAUCAUAUCAUAUCUCAUCUCAUUACAUUAUAUCAUUUUUUACAUUUUUUCAUGUCAUUUUGUCUGUGGUACUUUAUAACAUUAUACCAUAUUGUACUGUAUCAUCAAAGUCAAAGUGUCAUUAUCAGCCAUAUCAAAUCAUACUGUAUCAUAAUUAUCAUAAUAAUUGCUUUUAUGUUUUUGUAUUAUGUUGUACUUUAGCGUACCAAAUACUACUGCAAAGAAUUGUUCAUACAGAAGGUCUCAAAAGUGAACCUCAGUUAUCCUCCAAAGACAGAGAAACUGCUCAGGCAGUUCACCAAUCAUCCUGUGUCUGUUUAAGAGCUUCGCAGAGACACUGAUUUUAUCUCAAAACUGCUUAAUUUAAUCUCCAUGCUAUCAUUAAGUUGAUGCUUUGUUUUUGUAAGAGGAGUAGACCCCUACAGAGAGUUUGGUUCUGGUGCAUAUUGAAGGAAUUCAGAUAUCCUGUAUCUUGUGAGAAGAGGCGAAGUCAAACCGAUUUUACAUCUGAAACUCUUUAUUAUGUGCUUUUACUGUAAAACACUAUUUUACUGACAGCGUGUAAAUCUGAUGACAGAUGUGGGGCUGAUUUGGUGUCGAGGGCCCCUUGCAUAAAGACUACAGUUCUAACUGGAGCAAGAAAAACAUCUGAAGAGAAGAAAUUUCAAUAUACAGCUAACAUAAUUACAAGUGGCAAAUUCCUGGUUGGGUGUUCCCAUUUUUUAUAGUCAGCUCUUUGCAUCCUGGCUCGAUGCAUCUUGACAGCCUGCAGUGCGAUGCAGGAUACCUGUCCACCACCUGCUUGGCACACGCGCUGUUGUUGGCCCGCUUGUUGAGACGGGCUCAGGUAUGCCGGGGCUGCCACAAGGAAUGCAGGGAAAAAUUUGUGAGACGGAGCAACAGAGGGUGUGACGGGGAGGGAGAAGAAAGUGUGCACCAGAUGUGUUUGAUGGGAAAAGGAAAUUAAUGGCUGUCUUGAUGUGGUCUCCAUGACGACGAGUAUAAGCUCUCACAUGUCUGUAGGCAAAACCCAAAACAAGUUUUGAAUUAAAUGGAUUCACUAAUGAUUAAGUGCAAAUUGCCCCGCGGCAGAACAGGGCUCUGCAGAUUUUCUAAUGCAGCAUUUAGCAGCAGGAGGGCUGUGGGAAACCGGGCCCUCCACUUGGCACAAUAUGCGCCAUUAAAUGAAUUUACAGUCAUAAAUAUUACAUCAAACGUCUCCACACAAUCAAUACUAAAGAAUUUACCUCAUCAGGAUUCAUGCCAGUCCAAUGAGGUGAAUAAACUAUUCAUAUAAUAAGCAGGGUAAGCUGAGUAGACAUUGAUUUUGCCUGGAGGACGCACCCCAUCUCAAAAUCUACAGAAAGCAAACGGAGGCCGCAAGGUUGAAGGUUUGAGCCUUUGAGCCGCUGAUGAAAUGUUGAAAGACAAAGAGGCCGAGCAGCAGCGGCUGAAAAUAGAAGGCGGUGAUUGAACUGAGGAGCACUCAGGCUGGAUUUUACAGAUGAUUAUGAAGGACAGAAAUUCAGAGGAAAGCAUGCCCAGGUGACCUUUAUUAGAAACCCACUGUCUGUAAAUGUUCAAAAUCUGAGUGAGUAGAGAUUUUAAGAGACAGAUUAUCCGUUUAUGUAUCUUUAUGCUGCAAGGAGCAUCGCUUUGUGUCUCCAGUUGCAUCAUAAUUUACUGAAAUUCUGCAAAAGUGUUGCAGAAAUGUUUGCAACUGUACAACUAAAAUACAUCUGCAAAAGUUCAAUCGAUCUGCUUUUUGUCAUUUUGUUUAAAAUUUAUACAACAAAGUGGGCGGAUGUGAUCUUUUAAUCACCGUGAGCAGUUAAAUCAUGUGAACCAGGGUUGAAAAAACCUCCAGGUUGCCUGCAGGGCUCAAAUUUGUUCUGAAUUCAGCCUCCAGUGUGCCUGUUUUCUUCUCCGUCCUUCAUUUCUUUUCAUCAUGUAAAAUUAUGUUGAGCAGCAGAAAUAUAAAUAAAUCAAACCCACACUUUAACACUUUUCAUUGAAAGCUCAGAGGGAGUUAUCUCAUCCCAGCUGAACAGAAAGCUCUGCGGUAGUUAUUUAUAAAAGUUGGUUUCUGUGUCCCCUGCACGGUUUUGCUCAAUCUUUCUGAUUAAGAAUCGCCACUUUUCUCAAAGUUUCUUCACGUUAGAAUCCUCUCCGUUUGUUGUACCUUGGCGUACUUUGUUUAUUUUACCUCAGAGUUGGUUUAGUGUAGGGUUAAGUACAGAUUUCGUACUUCUUGUCACGUAACCCAACAGAACAAAAUGGGAUUAGAUUUACAGGAUAAGAUGAGUCGAAGACAAUGACUUAAUCCGUGGGGUAGGAUCCAAGGAUGAUCAGAGGAGAUAGCUGGGAUUAGAAGUCCAAGUAAUAGUGAUUUAGGUUAGAGAGAACCUUCAGAGGCUCAGGUUUUAGUGUUGGCCGAGCUGGUAACUUUGUCUGCUAAUAAUGACGCGUACAAGGGAACAUAAUAGCAAUAAACACACAAAAAAUGAAACUUAUUUACGCAUCAGUUACACAAUAUCCAAUAUCCAAACACAUCCAUCUCUAUAAUUACAUUUUUACCAAAUUACCAAGAACUUAAAGCACUGUCGCUUUAAGGACAUUUGAACUUUAAUGGACUAAUUUAAUUUAAAAGUUUGCGAAGAUAUCAGGCUGUCUCACGUAGCUUGCAGUUGGGUCCAGAAGAAGGUGCUGUUGUCAUCGUCACCUGACCAUUGAAUGUCACUCUUGACAUCGGUCAAAUAAUACAGUGAUGAUUUUCUGCAAAAAUGGAGGAUGAGUUCUGUGGUCCAAAAAAAUCCAAACAAACUAAUAAGCAACUUGUAAAGGUAGUUUCAGAUCGCUAACGGUAGGGUGACCAUAUUCUGAAUCCCCAAAAAGAGGACAUGACUACGCUGGGGCGGAGUCACAGAGUCGCCCAUAGUUAUUUAAGAGUUUUUCGGGUGGGAUUGAGUGUCUUUUACACGUUUCUACCUCAGUAAGUCCACGCAACACAAACUUGAAACUUCCAUACGAAUCCCCGGACAUUUGAAGGAUUUUAUAAACUUCCCCAGACAAAGACGGACAGCCCCCCAAAAAGAAGACAUGUCCGGGUAAAAGAGGACGCAUGGUCACCAUUGCUAACAGGCAGUUAUUGUUAGAGUUCAAGUCAUUUAAGUCCUCUUAUGUUGUCUCAGUAUAUGUUUUGUAAACAAUAAGGGAUUUUUAUUCAAACUUAUGGGCUAGUGUCAAUAAAAUAACAACAUGAAGUUGCAUCUGUCGGUCAUGAGAACUUGAUUUGUGUGAAAGGUGGUUAGUAUGUCCCACCUCAGUGUCCCUAUAAUCCUGGAAGCCACCAGAACAGUGAUUUGUAGAGUCUGUCAGAACGUAAGUCCAGGUAUUAUGGUCUGAGUACAAAUCCACAGACUUUAUUUGACUUAAGCUCCAAUACGACAAGUUCUUCUAAGAGUCCCCAAGUGUUUUUCAGUGAAAAUGCCCCAGUGAUGAAGUUUCUAAACUAGCUUGAGCUAAAAAUUCAAAUAGCUGUAGACUUGAUUGGUGUUUGUAAGGGUUGGAGAGAUGCUUGUUUUUGCUGUUAGGCAAAUAAAACAGUUUAAGAAAAAGAGUCUACAAGUCAAACUAAACUAUUAAGUGACAUCAAACCUUUGAAUAACGUUUUAUUUUCCAGCCAACUUUUCGUAAUUGUUAUAUCUCUCCAGGCUCUGUCCCUCUCUCCAUGUCAUGCAGUGCUCUGAGUGUUUCACUUUUUCAUAUAAACAAGGCCUCCAGGGCCAGGGAAUGUGCUAUGUCAAUGAGGGUCCCCACAAAUGUAGUUUGAAGCCAUUGUGCGAGUGCCCCUCAGGGUAUAAACUAAACUAAAUAUAUUCUGGAGCUUAAGGGUAAAAACAGCCGAACCACUUCCUCUUAUCUCCUCUCUUUUCCUCUCCUCCCUCACUUUUUUCACUUCUUUCCCAAGCAGCCCCUUAAAAGCUCUGUUUUGCUCCAAGGCUCUGCUAAAAAUGAGUUUCCACCAUGCUGACAAUCUCACUCUCUCUCUAUGUGCGGAUGAUUGCACAGUCGCUUUCCAUUUCCCAUCACUAAGCCCCUGAGCAAGGCACUUAUUCACAGAUGUGGUGUGAUAACCUGCACUUUGUGGAACCUUCAGGUCUGUCUGCUUGUGUUAGCGUGUUAGCAUGUUUGCAAGCUUGCGUUUUGUACAUGUGUUGGUGUGUCACCGCUGUGUUCGGCCGCGUCUUCCCGAGCGCAUUAAGUUUUUAUAGCAGGAUGCCAGCUGCUUCCAUUACCAAGCAACCCAGGAAUGCAGUAAAGCAUAUGUGUCUGUGGUAAACGCCCUGCGAUGUCUAGGUUGGUACGCAAACCAACAACUAAGCGCUAACAUUAGCAGCACGAAGAUGGUGUCUGUGAACCACAUAUGCGACACUGAUGGUUUGGUUUUCAACUCCAGCAGGGGAGGAAUCUGUGAACUGAAUGACUUUGUCUUCACAGCACAGCCUAGCUUGACGACAUAUCACAGCUUUGAAUUGUUUGAACAAAGUGUUAGUUCAGACAGGCUACAAAAGCUCAGCCCACAGUCUGCUCUGUAAACAAAGGUCUUUGCUGCUGCUCUCCCCGCCUCAGGCCUUGCUCUGAUACAUGUACAGGUAGAGGCAGGGGGCUCUCAUGCUGCAUUCCUGCGUACAUCAGAAGUGGGGUGUCAGAGCUAGGAAUGAUGCUAUAACACUUAAGUCGACGGCGUUCCAGUAAACAAGUCGGAAAACCAAGAUGGACGCCUACUGUUAGCCGUAGUUAGCUGUUGUUAACAAUUGUCAGUUGUAGUUAGCCGUUGUCAUUUGUUAGUGGUUGUCAGCUGUUGUUAGUUGUUGCUAGCUCUUAGGGGCGGGAGAGAAAAUUGAUUCACAUAAGAAUCUUGAUUUUUGUUAUACAAUGUUUAAAUCGAUUUUUAUGUUCAAAAAUUGAUUUUUUUUUAAAUUUCAGAAUAAAUCUUAAAAACUGACUUACAUGUGAUGUGUAUUUUUGGGGGAAGUAAUCAUAAUCAUUCAACUGUUGCAUUGGUAUCAAAAAUGCAGACUAAAAAUCGAGAAAAUCGACAAUAUCAUAGAAUCCCAAUUUAAGUCAAACCGACAUCCAAAAAAUCGUAGAAGAAUCAAAUCGGGAGAAAAACAUAUCGUCCCAGCCCAUUUGCUGUACCACUUGUAAACAACGCAUAACAAAGUUUUUUACUUUCACUUAUUUAAUUUCACUAAAACAAAACAGAAGUGCUAAUAAAUAAUACAUUACGAGAGCUUUCACUGUAACCAACCCUUUACUGUUGAUGCACUGCGCUGCCAUCUUGAAUUAUGACGUUGCCGUCAAGUCCGGGUUGGUGAGGAUCGUCCGACUCUGAGCUCGGAAAUUCCAACUUUUGAGUACAACAAACCAUCAAAUACAGUUGAUCGCAGCAAAGUCAUUAGUUUCUUUGACAAAAGUGGUCCUGACUGGAGUUUCAGAAAGUACCUGUUAUUCUUUACUCUGGUCAUGGUCUUGUGGCUUCACAGCGUUCGCAUUUUGACAUGAAACGAAACAGAAAUAGCUUAAGUCCACUGAUUUCAUUACAUAACAUGACGUCCCUGCUUGUGUUUCUGUCUUUGCAAACCAGGAACUGCAGGAAACACUUUCGCAGGUGCUGCAGUGCUCCUCUGAGGACCUCGCCUCCGGUGAAAAGGUGGCAUCUGAAAUGAAAAAUAUAGUGCAAAAAGAGAGCACUGUGUGGAGUACGGCUUAUAUCCUGCUGUGUGGAAAAUGAAAUGACGCCUGUGAGCUAGUUCAGGCAGGCAAUUUGAGCUUUACUGAUUUCACACUUAUCACAUGGCAAACAUACCCUCCAAAUUUGGGUGGGUGGCGGGGUCAAUCUAAGCUCCAGGUUUCAGUCUCUGCCUCUGCUGCACCACCACCUUGUGAAAGUGCUGUGAUCACGCUGUAAUCCCCACCACCUCCCAGCAUUAACCUGCAGGCUCCAGCUGGGGUGUUAAAGUCGUCUCAUCACUCUUUGCUCUGCAUGUAAAAUAAUAAGGGUAGAGCCUAGACGCCAAACACAGACAUUGUUUGCUGCUACUGUAAACAUUUCCAAGCAUCGGAGCAGGAGUUGUUUGACUGAGAUGUUGUAACUGAUGUUGACUCAUACCUGAGAUCUCAGCGGCGUCGCACCUUUCCUCGGUAAUAGCAGCCAUUUUUGAUGAAUUUGUGGAAACGGCGUCUGAGCUCCCUGCCUCUGCAUUAAGCAGACGGAGGAACAUUUUCAGUCUGGUGUGGCAGAGUUAAGAAGCUCUUAAGGAGACGUCUUUGUCAUUUAAACUUUGGUUAUUUAUGAAGAUUGACUGGCCUUGUGAGUGAUUUUGCAGAUGUUAAGUUUGACUUCAGAAUUACUCUGAGGCGUAUUUGUGUUUUAUGUUUUCACAGCAGCUCUUUGCCUGGACAGUUAAGAAGAAAAUAAGUCCAGCUUUUGAUCCUGAAACAUAGAGGGAGACUUUGUGGUUCUUGUGCGAAUCAAUAUUUCCCAACACUCCUUGAAACCAUAACAGCGCUCACUUUGAUCAUUUGGUUCCCCUUUGAAAACACACAAACACCAAGGUGACACGUGAGCUUUUUAUGACUCUUUCUGUCAUAUAAUGAAAUAAGGAUGGGUAGAAGUUGUCAGCCUUGUCAUUAAUGAAUCGUAGGUGAAAUUGUAGGCGAAACAAAUAAUGUUAGCCAUACACUUCAUUAACCUGCAGACUCUAUGGUCCAUGUUUAACCAUCAUGAAUAAAUUUUUCUCAAUUUUGCCUUUUUUAAAAAAAAUUUUUUCAUACCUUCAAACAGGUUGGUUGGUCAACUGUUAUUGACAGUAACCUUUCUUUUUAAAGCAAUCAAAUAUUAAUAUUGUGCUACAAUACACUUACAGUAAUUGUGUGAGUUCAUAGCAGCAGAAUGAGAGUAAACUGCAGCUGCAUGUGAGCGAGCUUUAGCAUCCCUUUGGGAGAUGGUGAGACGCAUUUAAAGUAACGUUCAAAGAUGUAAUGUGAGUCUUGAGCAACCGAGUUACGAAUCAGUUCAUCAUUUAUACUCUUAAACUGGCAACCCAAACAUGAGGCAGUAAAAACAUAUUUUAAGAAGUAUGACUAUUUAUUUUUUAAUUUUUCAUCAAUAGUACAUAAUGAUAAUGGUUAGGUGACAUCCUGAUACCAUUACAACAUUACAACUCUACUUCCCAUUUGAUGGUCAGGACUUUUACAUACAAGAAGAAGAAAUUUUAAUAUAAUGACUAGAAGUGAAACUAGAAUAUGCUGUGCUGCCUGUGCAUUUAUUUCAUUUCUAAACUACGGUGAAAGAUUAAACAGAGAACAAAGAAAACAAGUGAUUUUUCUAUGACGCUGCAGACGAGUUUGAUCUCACCUGACACUUUAGGCCUACUGAAGACACGAGAGCGUCACAUCAGUAGUGUGUGUGUGUGUGUGCAGUGCAUGAGGGUUCAACUUCAUGUAACUUAUUUACCCUUGAAAGAGCAAAAAUAACCCUUACAGUAUCCCAGAAACGAAUGUGGGUAAUGGAGUUGCUAUGAGGUUCUAUUUCCUGUGUUCACUCAGACACACAAACACACACACACACCAACCAAAAUACACAUACACACACACCAGCCAAUACCGAUGAAAGAUUCAUGCUGAAACGAUGAUGAAGGCCUCUCCUCUUCUGCUCCACUUAUCCUGUGGACAAAUUCUGCCCCUCAAGCCACACACACACACGCACGCACGCACAUACUGUACACACACACACACAACCCGCAGACCUGGGAGGAAGAAUGUGAGCCCCUGAUGCACACAGCUGUGGGGUACUUACUCACCCCUAACCUUCUGAGACGCACACACACACACACACACACACACUCAUACACACACACACACACACACACACACACACACACAAACACACACACACACUCAUACACACAGACAUCUUUGCUGUCAGGAGACUGAUGUUGCAGACUGCUUUCCAGGCUGUCUGCAGACUCGAUGAAAGUGUGUGUGUGUGAUAGGAUGUCUUUAUUUGUGGGUGCGUGUAGAGAUCUUUAUUUUUACCCUCCCCUGUAGCAGAAUCCUCGUCAGAAUAGAAAACAAGUUAAAGCUGGGCGUGUCGGGAUCAGAGUUGAGUUUUUAGCUAAAGGGCUAAAGAGUCGGGAUAAAGGAUCUUAUAUCUGCUCUGUUAUUAUGAUGAGCGGUUAUCAGUUCUGCAGGAGAAGUUUCCCUGUAUUUUCUAUUUCACUCAUUUUUUUGAGCCACAUUAAAGGGAAGUAUGUUUAUUUUACACCCAUAGUUAGGAGUCGAACUUUAUAAAUCCUGGUCCAAGUAGCUCCACAUUGAUGAUAUAGCUUUGAAAUGUGCCAUCCUGAAGAGCACUUUCUCACGAAUAUUUUCAUAGUUUUGUUUAAACAACUAUUCAAAUGUGAGGAUUUGACUCUUAGCUGCUUCCUCUUACAGUUUGGUAUGACAGAUUUAAUUUCAACCAAUAAAAAUGGGUCAGUUAUUGAGGAAUUCAUUUCAGAGUCCGAAAUAAGUUCAUUAAUGCAUGUAAAUUUGAGUCCAGGUCUCAGUGACUUUUAUAAAACAAAUAAGUAAGUAUUCAAACAUAUAUAGCAAUAAAGCAUGCAGAGUAAAUGUUGAAAAAGAGUCCAUGUUCUUCUCAUAAAUGAAUUAAAUAUGCUGUUUGUGCUGCACUUGUGCUUUUCAGGUUGUAAGCUGUUCAUAAUAUUUUCACAAGAAUCCAUAAAUGAAUAAAGCAGAGGUGUGAAAGACACUCUGAUCCUUUACUUGUGUAACAACACAACAACUCUCAAGACCGUGCCAAUAAUGAUGGUAAAAGUCUAUGCACCGUUUACAGGAAACACAAAUGAUUGAAAAUAGACUGAUCUUUAUAUCCACAGCAGGAAAGUCAACAGGUUUGAUAUUCACAUUUGUAAUAAAGAAGUUUAAAAUCAGGGAGGAUGUGUGCACCUAGACUAAGUAACAUCCAAAUAACUAAUUAGUUUGCCAAUUUAUGACAAUAAUUGCACUGGCUACUGCCGUUAUAUUGCAAUGCUGUUCUACCAGGAUGUAAACAAGCAAAGAUGACAGAUAGCAUCUCGUCCUGCAGCACACUUAAGCUAUAUUUUGAUAAAGAAAAUGGAUGUGCGGUUGUAUGACAGCUGUAAACCAGCACAUUUACAUGACUGCAGCUAUGUUUGACUUGCAUAUGCAUGUUGUUAAUCUGCAAGGAGGACCAAAGGCUGCUGGUUUUAUCUCUGUUAACUCAAGCCUCAGUCUACAAUCAAUUCAGACACUGUGAUCCAGUGUUUAACUGUGUUUCACUAAUUUUACUGUAUUCUGUAUGUUUUCUUGCCUUUCUGUUAAUGAGCUGCUUCAGGACAUCCUGGUGUUUGUCUGGGUUCUUGUUGAACUUUGGUAACAUGCCAUAUUGAGUUUAUCAUUAUUUUAAGCAUGAAACCAAAAUUUUUGGUUGUUUUUAUUUUCUGCAAGUUCAUAGAAAUCCCCAGAGCUGCAGUGUCAUAAAUCUGAUUGAAUCUGUGAAAAGCUGCUGUGAGGAAAUUUUGGUUUGUGUCAAUGUUGGUGCACGCUGUGGACGAAGGAUAAAGAAAAACCUUAUCCUGUCGUCCUGAAAUAGUGAAAUGUCUCCCUGUGUGUGAGUAUAUACUGUUGAAAAUAGCAAAAAGGGACUGUUUCUUAUGGUCUUUUUUCUUUUGAAGGUCAUAGAGAGGCAUCAGACUCUUUCUCAACCAGUGAAAAACUCCUUAAGUCACUUUUUUAAAGGUUCAGGUGAAACAAAAGUGAGCACUCACAUCCAGACGGUGUUUGAUUCAGACCUUCAGUAUCGGCUGGCUGUUGGUCUUCUCUUUUUGGACUUUGCUUGCUCCUCUGUAUCCCUCUCGUCUCUCUCUGGGUUCUCACUCCUCUCCUCCAGGCUACAGACACACUGGUUAUUAGUUUAAUCUGUGACUCGUAAUUGUAGGUGUGAGUUUAAAUGAAGCAGAAACGAUCUGUCUGGAGUGUACCUGCUCUCACCGUCUUGGUCAAGAGGGUUUGCACGCUAACAUUUGCUGAGGCUGUGGACCAAUUAGUAAAUAUCUGAUGGUUUGAUCUGAUGGUCGGAAGCUCUGCAAAGAUGCUGUGAUUCAUUCUGGGAAGGAUGAGAAUUAUUGUGUCUUCACUCUGGUUUGGUUUCCUGGGUGAUGUCCAAUUUAAUCGGCUGAUAUUUUAAAUCAUCAUGAUGAUGUUAAUUAAGUGAAUAAAUCAAUUAACUCUAAUCCGUCUGUGUCCUCCUGCCAGGUGAACAUCUGAGGAUGUGUCCUCAGGGCCCCACUUGUUGUACCAGCACCAUGGAGGAGAACCUGGCGGGUCUGAGCGGCCGAGAGACCGAGGGGCUGAUCAGAGAGGCCGGCAGGUCGCUGCAGUCGGUCUUCAACGGUCUCCACAGGAGCUUUGACAGUGAGUUCGGCUUUUGUGUGUGUUCACGUGUGUGUGAGCGAGAGAGAGAUGCUCAUUACAGGCUGAGUUCAAUGCCAAAGCUUCAGCGCUCCAGCCCAGGGGAGACUGACAUUUGUAAGUUGUGUUUGUAAAUUUGUGUUAGGUACAAGCUCCGGCUGUGCUCUGCGCUCGAUCCUGCAACUUCAAAAUAAUGGUGUGUGUGCGCGUGUGCAUGAGGCAGGAUGUGUUUGUGUCCUGUGCGUCAAGGGGACCCCUGACUGGGUGUUAUAAUGAGAGCGGAGUCAGCCAGACACAAUGAAACGUGAUAAGCCGAUCCCCUGAUCUCAGAGGGGCACACACACACACACACACGCAGACGCACACACACACAAACAGAGGGGUGUCCCCCGGGGCAGUGGCUGGUUCAGCUAAUGAGCAGUUGACCCACUGAGGAGCCGAGCCUGCAGAUCAGUGCACAUCAGAGAAACAGAGGGAUGGAGGGAGGAAGAAAUGAAAGAAAAUCUAAGAAGUGCCAAAGCCAACGAUCGGGGGAUGGACGAAUGCGGCGAGAGAGAAAUGUGUCAUUAAUUCUGGGCGAAAACAGAAGAUCGAAACAAACAUGAACUGAAGAAAAAGAGACAGAGAGCAGGAGGCGGACUAGUCAGAAAAAAGAGGAGGAGGAGGAGGAGGAGGAGGAGGGCAGAAUUAUUAGUCUGAAGGCAGCAGGCCACCUCAGUAGCAGUAAUGUGGCCGCCCAUCUGGUUGUGGUUACAACAGGCUGGCACUGGUCCACAUCCUUUGAAGCACCAGAACAGUGUACUGCAGAGACAGCGAGCUGACUCCCCAAUUCUUCCAGUUUGACCUCUCUAUUGCACAAAAUCCAUCUGGCUGCAAAGAUAAUUCAAAGGAACCUUAAAAUAUGCAAAAUAAAUGCAAAUUACAUGUGCCAAUCAGCCGGUAUGUGAAGAUAGUAUAUCAGUAUAUUCAGAUUUUCACGUAUAAGACAACAAACAAGUGCAGACUGUAGUACUGAGUGUAGUGCACCAUCCAAAUAGUGGUGAGAAUGACAUUUUUGGAAGAUCACAUGAAAUUAUCAGACAAUAAAAAGCCUUUUGAUUAAAAAGUCAAUCAUGUGUAAGUCAUGCAUAGAACUGAUUAAUACCAGUGGGACACUUUGACCCAGUUUAAGUGUUAUGGUGUUCAGUAGACCCAGUCCCAGAUGGUCACUCACCACCCAAAAGAAGAGUAUUCUUAAGUAUAUUUCAAACUAUUGUCCAUACAUGAAGUUUUUAUUGAUGGGAGAAUUAAAGCUCCAGUAAGGGGUUUUAGACUGGUCAUGUGAUGCAUCUUGGUAUCCUCUAAAAUUGAACUAGUUCAUUAGCAAAAAGACCGCUAGUUCUGUAUUGUUGUUUUUUUAAUGGCUUUUACUGUCAGUUUACAGGGUUAUUAAGAUUUUCAAAUAUUUAUGACAAGUGGCUGUUAAAAAAGCAAAGGAUGUAGACAUGUGCAGGACAGAAUAAGCAAAGGCAUAGAGUUAUCACUUUGUCCACAAGGGGGCGCCAAAUAUCACACAAAACAAAAAAUUCCUCACAAGAUCUUUAAACAUGAAAAUGUAUUAACAAUUACAGCAACAGUAAUGUUAAAGGGGGCUUUAUUGUUCAGUGAUAAACUAAAGGAAAACAUUUUUAGUAGGGAUGGGCGAUAUUUAUUAUGUCGUAUUUAUCGUGAGAUGGAAAAUAUUUAUCAUGGAGGAUUUUUCUGACGAUAUAUUGUAAAUGAUUAUUUAUAUCUCAUCCCUACUUUUAACUCUUCUGGAAAAAAAAAAAUUAAUUGCAAAUUACUCUAUUCUAUUUUAUAGUAUUUCAGUAUUUAUUGUGUGGGUCACUUUUAUCAUCAAUCCUGCCUUGAAUCUGUUAAUCACUUUGGUCAAAUUAAUUUGUUUUAAAUGUUCUCUAUAAAAAAAAAGUUUGAGCUGAUUUGAGUUUCAGAGCCUUUCAGUGUCCUUCAGCUGUUUGUUUUAGUUUUACAACUUUAAGUUUAUGCUAAAGCAGCAAGUUUAUAGCCACAAUAAGCGGCUAUCUAAUGUAGAAAGGUGUGUUUAACCUUUCCUUGAUUCACAAAGUCAAACUAAUUGUUCCAAUUCGGAGCAAAAAUGAAACAUUUUGGUGACUUAGAUUCUUAAAUACAUCCCAAAAUAAAGACCAGUGUUUAUUUCUAAUUAGAUUUUUGGUUCAGCUUGAUUACUGUUUGCUCUCAAGUUGGAUGCUACAAGGCUUUGAGUGUGAAUUUGUGAAAGCCUGUUGUCAAGUUCUUCCUCAAAGUGGAUGAAAAUAGAUGCGACCACUGCUGUGAGGGUUGGCGAUGCUAGUGUCGUCCUCCCUCCCUCCCGCAUGGUUUGUUUUUUUCUGCCAUGUUUUGUCUAAUUGGCAUAUUUGCUUCAUUAAGAUUUUAAUGAAUGAUUCUGAAGUGAUAAAAGUUACCUGGUAACUCCUGAUGAGCACCUGUGGUCAAUUAAAUGACAACGCCCUCACCUUUACUUGUCAGCAGCAGAAUUACGAGGAAUUUUGUCGUCUGUGUCCAACCCCCUUCUUCAUGAACUCUAACCUUUCUUUUUCUCUCUCUUCUCCUCUCAGCUUAUUUCACAGAACUGCACGGUCGUUCUGAGCGCUCCCUCCAGGAGGCGCUGUCUCCCCUCGGCCCUCUGUACUCCCAGAACACCCGUCUCUAUGGAGAUCUGUUCUCGGACCUAAAACAGUACUACAGAGGCUCUGCUCUAAACCUGGAUGAAACCCUGACUGAGUUCUGGUCCCGUCUCUUGGAGCGCAGCUUUAAAGCCUCCACUCCUGCAGAUGUGAGUAAAAACCGAAGUUCAUUAUGAAACUUCAGACACUUUUUGGAUGGAAAACCGAAGAACAGAAAGAUGUAAAGAAAAGAAAAAACAGAGAUGAUAGAUUUUUCACUUUUUUUAUGACACACAUCAGAGACAAAAAGGGCAGAAAAACUAUCAUGUAAGUUUUAAGUAGAGCACAGUGAUGCAUCUUCUGGUGUCUCUUCCUGGCAGGUCACCCUGUCAGAGGACUACCUUGAGUGUGUCGCUAAGCAACAAGAGACGCUGCGUCCAUUCGGAGACGUCCCCCGGGACAUGAAGAUGAAGGUGAUUCGGGCUUUUGUCACAGCCAGGUCGUUUGUCCAGGGGUUGAUCAUCAGCGGGGAGGUGGUCAGGAAGGUCUCAAUGGUGAGUUUGUGUGAGAAAAACUGACAGAUCGACUGCGAAGGUUCGUGUCUUAGUGUGAAAAAAAUAGUGUUUGUGUGUUAGCGGUGUGUGUGUGUGUAUUUGGGCAGAGUCCCAGGAAAACAGAUAUGAUGGAUGCCUUGUCGCCACACCCUAACUGUCAGAGAAAUGACUCCACCCUUAAAAAAUGGAAAACACAACGACCAUCAAAAAAACGGAGCGUCUCACUCCGUCAUCAGAACAAAGCGCUCAUUUGGAGGGCUGACAGAGCUGCCGUCGGUGAUGUGUGUGAUGAUGGUUUUUUCGGUUAGGAGUGCGAUUUCUCAGCCUUCUCAGACGUUGUUUGUCUGAUGUGACUCUGGAUCGGUUGUUGAUAUUGAUUGACUGAGGUUACAUGGCUGGAAUAAGAUUUUUGAAACAAACCAAAUCUUUCCAUACGGUUGUGUUUCGAUCAAUCAAACCUGAAACCCAUCACUCAGUGACACUUCAAGAUCACAACAGAGGUCCGUGCCUUAAGCUGUGAUAUCAAAAGAACUGCAACAUGAACCCACUGUAUGUAAUAACCCAGACAGUUUGGCAGAAACCGUUAACUCAGCCGCACUCACUGGUUAACAGCCAUCUGCCAUGAAUGGAUGGGCCAAGACAGAGAGACUAAGAAGAAGAGAGAGACGAGUAAAGACAAACAAACAGAGCAAAAACAAAAGCUCAAACAGACGAGGCCGAUUCUUUAGGGACACACUCAGUGCUUUUACAUCAAUUUCAAAAAGUUGUUAUUGCCUCAGUCUGACUGAAACUUCACUAAAUAAUCUGAAUAACAUACCCAGAUAUUGAGGUUAGGGAUGGAUUUUCUCUGCCAUGCUCAGUCUGACUGAAACUGGCCUAAGCGGUCUGCACAUGCUCCAGUGUUUGCACACCAGACAAGAUGCAUGGAUGUGUUGCUAGAGAGUGAACAAAACUUUAACAGACGAAGAAAAGAAAGAGAAAGGACAAAACUUUCCUUUAGUUGUUCAACAUUUAUCCUGUUAGCCUCUUGCUAAAGCAUUUUGUCGACUGUUUUGAACUUGGAGACAAUUUGAUGGUAAUGAGCAAAAAGGGGACGUGUUACCACCUACUGUAACAGAGGCAGACAUGCAAUGACUAAAGCUCAACUUAACUGUGCAUGGAAAUGUACUAACUAAUACAUUUGAGUCUUCAACUGGAGUUGAGACAGCCUGCAGACAGGUGAGGAAUAAGUUACAAAAACCACAACUAUGGAGCACUGAUUUAGUUAGUAGAGCUGGAGUCCUUUAAAUGAGUCCUAUAAAUGAAAGUAAUCCAUUCAGUUUUAAGUUGUAGCCCCGCCCCCUUUUUGGUGAAAGCGGCCUAUCCAAAUUUGAACUGCGGUAAACGCAAAUUCCAGGGUUUUUGGCAGUACGAUAGCUUAGAGAAGAGAUGGAUAUUAUUUAAAGCUCCUGUGAGGAUUUUUUGGGUGUGUGUGAAUUUUGGCGCCCCCUGUGGACAAAUCAGUCCUUCCUUAUCUUGUACUUGACAUGCUUUAGUUCUGUUUCCGAAAUAAAUAUCUCUUCCUGUUGAUUUUUGACAGUUCAACGCAUCAUUUAUUGUGAAAUCAUGUUUCGUUGGGCAGUAUGUGAUUUUUCUGUCUUGUUUGCUUUUAUAUACCAUAAAAAACCAACAAUAUGAAUUUUCUUUCCAUCAAAAAUCUUCUCACAGGAGCUUUAAAGCCUACAGAGGACCCAAAUCUGAUGUCCAUUGAGACAAACAUAUAAAUCAUGACUUUUAUGAUUAGUGAUUGGCAGCUGAUGUUAAAAUUGAGGGUUAACAUGAGUUUCUUCUUUAAACUCAGGGUGACUUCUUCUUUUAGAUGACCAUAAAAUAAACAUAACCUCAUUGCGAUCAGUACACCCACUAAUGGGCUCCAGGACUGGAGAUGACAGGACAUCGGAGCUCUGAGAAGCAGCUGUGUUAUUCAUCCAGCUCUAUUAGAACUAGCAAAGUUAAUAUUCAUUUUUCAGCAGGCACCUUUGGUGGCUACUCACUUAUUUAAAGGAGAGAUAUGAGAUAAGAGCGGGGAAUCUCUAUGGGUAACCCACGCUGACUUUGUGAUGAAUCCAGGGCGCUGUGAGCGGUGCUUUAAGCCUUAUUCACCUCUACAUGGUAGCUCUGUACAGCGCCGGAUAAUGUUACAAAGAAAAUAGAUUUAAAAGUGAUGACUAGACUCAGGAAAGCCCUUAAACUUUGAUUCUUCCAAUGUGAUGUUGCUGAUCGCUCAUUGAAAUCUGAUGAUCAGUGUGUUCGCCUCACAGGUUAUUGGAUUAAGGCUCUCGAUUGCCAAUAAAUCAUUCCACUGAAUGCCCAUCUGUCCCUGGAAUUGACACUUUGUGAGCUAGAUUGACGUUUGAUAAAGUCUUGGUCCUGACAGUUUUAUUGUGCAUGUCAUCUACCCUCUUGCUCUACUUGUUUCUUGUCUUUUUGAGGCUGUCCUAUCAAAAUAAAGUUUAAAAUGUUAGUCUUAAAAACCUCGCCAAUAUGACACCGCCAGAACCAAACCAAUUUCACCACAAAGACUUCAAACUUCUUCAAAUAGACAGCGCUUACAUUCCCGAGAACACGGACUGUUUGGGUUACAGACGCUGUGAUUGGUUGCAGACAAAACCAGACAAAGCAUGAUUAUUUUUAGAUCUGGAUUGUUUUUUUAAAAAACAGGUAUUUUUAGAUGAAAGUUGUUUUAUUGUCCUUGGUUCUGAUUCAUCGUGGCAUUGAGCCCUGAUACCUGAGAGAUUUAUUAGCCGCCUGAUUUAUUACCCCUAAAUGGAUUUGUAGUUUCAUCAUUGUCAUUAGUGCAAAUAAACUAUAGGACCACUCAACAAUGAUGUAUCACCUUCACAUUUUAUUGCUGAUGUUGGCGAUGAUUCAUCACACGGCUCCUGUAACUUUCAAGAGUCUAUAAACUGUUUUUCAUUUGUGGAAAAUUAAUCAGACUAUCUUGAACUGUAAAGCCCACAGCUGUGAAAAGUCAGUGUAAGUCAAGAGUGUUUUUAAUCAGGUGUCGCUCUGUAACUACCUGCCCUCAUUUCUCAGCUGGUUUUCUGUUUCCUUUCAUCACUUCUAUGCGAGGUGGUGGUAAAAUAACUCCACUGUGGAACCGGACACCUUUCAAGACUUGCUUUCAUAAUCAGAAGCUGACAGUGAAACAGAAACCAUGUACUGUAUAAAGACAGACAAGAGGGUCAUCAUCGCUCCCUUGUUCAAGCUGCCUUUCAAAACGUGGCAAUACCGCCCCCUACUGUUUACUCUCUUAUCGAGCUUUGUUUGCACUCUGCUCUGCAUGACUCUCAGUGGGAGAAGAAAAUGAGAAAGAGGAAACUACAAAUCCAGUCAAACAAACAGGAGCUGGUACAAACACAGCUGCUUUUAUAACCACUCUGAAAAGAAGGUUUUUCUUCGCUGAGGUUUUUCUUCUUUUGCUCCAGGUUCCUCUGAGUCCAGAGUGUGUGAAGGCCCUGAUGAAGCUGGUUUACUGCCCUCACUGUCGCGGCAUGGCCUCCGUCAAACCCUGCUCCGCCUACUGCUCCAACGUCAUGAAGGGCUGCCUGGCCAACCAGGCCGACCUGGACCCAGAGUGGCAGAACCUCAUCGGUAAGACACCCCACCUCCAAAUGAGAUGAAUUAACAGAUAAUUAAUACCAUUCAAUCAAGAGCAGGAACAGCUGAAUGUCAUAAACCCUGUCAUGAUCACAGUUAAUAGCCUCUAUCAUAUUUUUUUAUCUGUAUAAUUUAAAUUAGAGAAUAAGGAGAAGUUGAUGGGAUAUUUUCUCUCUAUCAGCUGCCUCAAAGUCUUUAUGACCAGAAUCAUCUACUGUUGCACUGUAACACUACCAACCUCCAGCCAUAAUAACAUCUUGUUUGAAACUUCUGUGAGAUCACUUAUUAUAGCCAGGCUGAAAUCUCAGACUAAGACCGACAACACUAAUAGAAGACUAAAACAUGGCAAAGCUGACUAAGUCUCAGUAUGUUUCUUUUAGUCUUUAAAAUCACAUUUUAGGUUUUCCCUUCUUGUGCAUACUAUCGGAACAUUAUAAUUCUCAAGCAUUUUAUCAGGACUUGAUAGUGUCAUGGUGUCUUUCUUUAGUUUUUCUGCAUUUUAUGCUAUAUUAAUUUGCAAUGAGAUUUAUGUUCCUCUUGCACUAUUGCCCAAGAUUAAUUUGCCCUCAGUUACAGCAAAUUAUAUCCCCUCCCAUCUCAUCUCAUCACAUCUAAUAAUAUCACAUCUCAUAUCCUUACAUCCCAUUUAAUCCCAGCUAUUCAAAUCUCACCUCAUCCUAUCUCAUUUCAUGGCAACCCAUCUAUUCCCAUUUUAUCAUGUCUCAUCUAUUCUUUACUAAUCUAAUCUGAUGUCAUUUUAUCUCAUCUUAUAUCUUCACAUCUCAUCUAUUCAGACCUCAUCAAAUCUUAUCACAUCUCAUCUUAAAAUCUCAACUCAUCUACUCUCAUCCAGUCUCAUUUAUUUUAUCAUGUCAUAUCUUCACAUAUUAUAUCAUUUCAUCUAAUCUAAUCUAAUCUAAUCUAAUCACAUUACAUCUAUUCUUGUCUAAUCUCAUCUCCACAUCUCAUCUCGUCCAAUCUUUUCUUAUCUCAUCACAUCUUAUUCAUUUCCCUCCAGUCUCAUCUCAUUUAAUCACAUCUCAUAUCCACAUAUCUCAUCUCAUGUAUUUGCAUCUGGUCCCAUUCCGUUUCAUCACAUCUCAUCUAAUCUCAUCACAUGUCGCAUCUUUUAAUUGCACUUUUGUAAAUCAGACUUACAUGCAAACCCCUCUUAAUACAGCAGAGAGAAAUUAUAUGAAGGAUGUUUAAAGAAAUUAUUUUUCAUUUGGUCCUUUUGCCAUAACUUUAUUAAGAUCUCAUAAGACUGUAAACCCAGGUAUGGGUUUAAUAAACUUUUAUGUAAGUUUUUGCAUAUAUACCCAGAAACAUGUUAAAACCAGAUCUAAAAAAAUAUAUAGAUUUUUCAAAACAUUUCAAACUUAACAUAAAAAAAGUUCACAAUACUGCCAUUUUGCUAUAACUCACUUAACUUUAAGACUUCCACAGGUUUUUCAGUUUCACUCAUUCAUGACCAUAAAAUCAACAGUAUACUUCAGGUUUUGCUCUCCUUAAAAAAUCCUCUCCCUCUUUUCUCUUUUCAGACACAAUGAUCCAGGUGGCCUCCAGUUUCAGCACAGAGCCCAGUCUGGACGUGGUUCUCUCCUCCAUCCCCGCUCGGAUCUUCGAGGCCGUUCGCUUUCUGCAGGAGAACAUGGAGACGAUCACAGCCAAAGUAAGACGUCUCACUUCGUCUCAUCAUCAGUGGCGUUUGCUUGAGCUUGUUUUUGCUGUCUUAAAAACGAGAUCCAGAGAUGAAGUCAUUACUCUGGAUGAGCGUUUACCUUGAGGAUAAACUGCGUCUGAGCUCAAGAGUAUAUGGACUCAACUUCUCACCGCUAACUUUUUUUUAUAUAUGGGUGUUGUAGUUUUAUGGAUGUAUCCUUCAAAUGAGAACAGGCAGCAUUAUUGAGCGGCCAGCUUCCAAUAAUAUUUAUAUUGAUCUAUAUAUCAGCGGCACUUUAUUAGACAGGCAGAAAGUGAAGCUAUCAACAUCCCCGGCCUUGUUUUCAAUGCCAAGUUCUUCCCCUUAACACGGAUCAAGGGUGACAUCUAGUGGAGUGUUGUAGUUCCUAUUUUCAGAUGUGAAAAUUCAACGUUCAGAGAUUCUAGUUCUUAAAGUUGUGUCAGUGUGAAAAAAAAGAUAAAAAGAAAAAUAAACAGUGAAUGAAUAUGAGAGAAUUGUUACUGUAGAUCGAAAGUUUGUACAAUUUAUUGAAUAUUUAUGAAUUUUUUUUAUCAGGUUUUCUUCAAUCUUGUUUCUAAUAAUAGCUCAUAUUUAACUUUAUAUUAUACACCAAGUUUUUAUUGAUUCAUGGUUUUAUAUUUGAUUUCUAUUUUGUUUUAAUUUUACCUGGUUUCUUUGUUUGUUUGUUUUUCUGACUUGUGGAAUAAAGAGAGCUGAAUUGAGCGCACAUAUAAACCGAAUCCACCACAGAUGCAUAUAAAGUCACUUUGUACCUGUGAUUAUGUUUACUGUUUAGGUGUACCAGACAUGUGGAACUCCAGGUGAACCAGGAACCGGAAGUCCCGCCUCUCAUGACCAGAAGAAGAAGAGCGGAUCCCUGACCGCAUCUGAGUACAAACCCUCACCCACCGCUGGACUCAGACUGGAGAUGCAGGUGUGGAGAAGACAAUCAUAUGAUCUGUGCUAAGUCCAUUUCUCCCUUUAACAUCUGUUUGGAGGUCAAAAAUAUAAAUGACUUUGAGAUUUUCCUCAUGUUUGAAGCUAUAACUGAGAUGGAGGGUGACAGCCGAUGAAGAGGUUAUGAGAAAGGUUGUUUAUGUCUGGUCCUGACAGUGAUAUCGUUAAAAUGCCAUCAUGUCCGGUACUGAAUUGCACACUCAUUGUAAAGGAUUAGAGAGUGACUCGGUUGUCGUGUCGCUGUCCUCAGGUGUCAGAUCUGUCGAGUAAGCUGAGGGAGAUGAGGCAGUACUGGAUCCAGCUCCCUUUGGCUCUCUGCAGCAAACUGUCAGGAGGAGGCGGUGGAGGGGAUAAAUGUUGGAACGGUAUAACUAAAGCCAGGUGAGGACGAGCGCCGCUCCAGAUUCAUGUUUCUGUCACCGACACAGUGAAUCAAAUUUACUAUCUCCACUCUGAUCUGUAGUUUUUAACAGUUUCAUUAAGUUUUUGUCUCUUAAAUCAUGAGUUUAAAUCUGCACAUGCACAAAAAAAAAAACUGGAAAUCCAACAUAAGCAUAAAAAUAUAUCGACUUAUUAUAUAAAAGCAGUCGAUGCUGUCAAGUUUUAUUUGAAAUACAAAUGUCAGCUCCUCCCGUUGUUGCCAUUUGUGAAUUUUCUACAGAGCCUUACGUCCUUUUAAUUCUUGCAUCUAGACUUAAUUUAUGCCUUUUUCCAACCCAGACAUUUUCAUGCUUUCUGAGUCUUAUCUGGUGUCUACCAUCACAUCUGCUUUUUUAAGAUUUAGAGGCGCCAAUUUGAUCCAACCUUUUAAUUUAGUUUAUUUGCACAUCAUUAAAAAAGACAAUUACAAAACAAUAAUAACAAAACAGCAUGCAAGAGAGGUUUGAAGCCCCCAAAACGGCUAAAUGAGAGUUAUAAUGAGCAGCAAUAACGAUUAAUGACAUAUUCCAAAACUUGCGAGUAAAUGACCUUUUCGAAUUGGGAUUGUUCAGAUUGUUUCUCUGUGUUUUAAUCACUUUUCUGAGAAUAGGAAGCUGUAUGUUGCUCGAGUAAACACUUUCAAGGUCAUAAAUCCUUUCAGAAAGCCCUAUACAUACAUGUAAAUAAGAUCCUUUAUGACCAGAAAAUCCUUCUAAACCGUGCUGCAUUUUCCCACAGCUGAAAAGAAAUAAGGAGAUAACAAUCCAGAGGGAGUAGUCAGCCUGUCUCAGAUAAAGAUGCUUUGUUGCAGGCCGGCUCUUUUGUUGUUGAAGGCCAUUUGUAUCCUUUGUGUCGUAACAAACAGGCUGUUUCAAACAAGCUGUUUCUUCUCCUGCAAACUGACAACAGCGAUGUAUGGAAAUUUAUUCCAGGGUGCUGACAUUUCUUCCACGUACGACGCUUGAAAAGCCUGUGGAGAUUCACAUCCUGCAGCACAAGCAUUCACGGCCACACACUCGCACAGCCCCACCCUCCCUGAAGCCCUGUGUAAAUGGAUUAUAGAACAAUUUGAUGCUACGCUGAUAUGUAGACGUGUAUCUUCACCCCCCCUGUGCACACCUCACAUGUUUAAAGUCGUUGGCUUACUGCCAGCUGAUGAGAUUUAUGCCGAGCCGGAUGCUGAGGAUAAAUGACAGUCAAAAAGGCAUGUAAUAGAGAAUUAUACUGUAUGUGUGUGUUUUUAUGUGAGUGUGAGAGAGAGAGAGAAAUGUGAGGAAGGCCAUGAAAUAUGGAUGAACCGCUGACUGUGUGUGACAGAUUAAGGAAAUAUGAAAUGUGUGUGAUGCAAGAAGUGCGAUAUAACACUUUGAUUCCCUACAGCGACCUCUUGUGGGGGGUAAUAAAAGUCACAUUUUAAGAAUGGUAUACAGUGUGGAGUAUGCAGCUUGAAUAGGUCAGUAUGAGAUUUAGAGCAGCUCCUGGAACAUAAAUCAACUCGUACCCCUACAGAAAGACACGUGCAUGUUGAAUAAGACUUGGACUGUGAAGCCUCUUCUUUAAAGAUGAGCAUUUAGAGACUCAAAAGAUGGAUUUACUCCUUUUUUUUAUCUCAUAUGUCCAUGAAUUCAUCUUAAAUCAUUCUCACUGUUGAUUUGAUUAAUGCAUUUCCAUCAAAGUCCAAUAUAAAUACAUGGUUAUCUUUGCCAGAAAUGUGUUUCAGAUGGAUUUUCUAUUAAUUCAUGAAAUAGAGAAACAUAAUCCAUAAAAUACUGGAAGCCUGAAAUUUCAAGAUCACUGUCACUACUCAUGUUGAGUGCUCCCUUUAAGGUUGGAAAUCCUACUCUAAAGCCCAAUCCCAAACCGCCCCUUACACACUCGCCCUAUACACUCUCCCUCCAUUUCCGCGUCCCCACGGAGGCUCCGCCAUAUUGAAAGAGUGAGGUGGGUUAGUGAGCUGUUCAGCCCUCAAAUAGUGAGUCUUCACCAGUGCAGACUUAGGCAGGAUUUGCAGGUAGUGCGCCAGCAAAAAUGGAGGAGGAGGAAACAACAUAGAAAUGUAAGUUACGUAUGUGUCCACUUUUGUCUCACUGACAAAAAAAAAAUCACAAAAGACGUGGUUUGGAAAGAUCAAACGGAAGUAGGGAGUUUUUCUCUGUGCUGAGGUUUGAUUCGAUUGGUCAGGCACAUGUCAGAUAGUAAAGAGGUCCAAAGACGUGUGGAAUCACUAACAAUCAGAAGUAUAAUUUAGCUCUUGUCACUGUGAUGGUUGCUGGAUUUAUAAUUUUACUGGGAGGAUGAAGAAACGAGGCAGCAGGUGCGAAAUGUACACGAUGUCAGUUUACUAAGAAAAUAAACACUGCCUUGCAUGGGACGCGUCUUUGUGUUGCUAUGGGGAUGAAUCUUUCCAUUUUUCGGUGGAGUGAGGAGGGCAUCCCAUACGUGCCCAUCUUGUUUAUACCCUCCCAUUUCAACUGAGGUGCACUCCACAGCUGCGAGUGUAACUUCAUUAUGAGUGACACUCGGUAGUAAAGGGCGAGUUUGUCAGGGGCGGUUUGGGAUUGGGCCAAAAACUUAGAGAAACUUCAGGUGCUUCAAGCUUGGAAUCCAAGAUGGCUGCUCCCUGCAUCUGCAGUAAUCAGCUGUACUUUUGACCGUGUGAAUUAGCAACAUAGUCUUGUUGGACUGCUCAGGUUCCGUUCCAUCCUGCAGCCCCUUUAGCGCAUCUCUCUCCCCUCUUUGUCUCCUGGUUUCCUGCUGUAUCCACCAUCCUGUCCUUUCAAAAUGAAAUGUCAUAAAGCCCAUGAAACGAAAACGACUACCGAUCAAUCUUUUUGAAUCAAAGGCAUAAUUAAAAUCUUCUCUUAAAAAUAUACAUUUGGAUGUAAAUCAUCAGGAACAGGUUAUUUAACAGCUAUUUCCAACUGUUAACAUGAAGGAGGCGGGGUUUAUAACCUUCACUGCGGUCAGUCAGCAGGGGGAGCUCUGAAUAGUCUGGCUUUACAUGCAGUUAACACUUGCAGUGUUUUCUACUGUCAAUAGAUCAUACUAAUGUAUUUCUAAUAAAAAAUCCAAAGGGAACAAAAUCACAGUCAGGGUAAAAUUUGACAACAGAAGCUCUAAAAUUUUCAUUGAAAUCCACUUUAUUCAUCAAACUCUGAGGGACACAAAGCUGGAAACAGCGACGCUUCAAACAACGACAAACAUUUUUAUUCUUAUUUGAAUAAUUUGACACACAUUUAGUAAUAAUAAUAACAAAACUUGGUUUUUACAGCACUUUUCAUUACAGGAAAGAAAGUGCUUCACAACAGACAAGACGGUAAAAGCAACAGGCAGUCAAAUCAAGAUGGCAAUGAAAGGAAAUAUACAAAUGAAUUAGAGGAUAAAAACAAUGAAGAAGAAAAUAAAACAAUACAAUUCUGGUAAAAUCAGUGAAUAAAAACAUUUCUGUAAAUGUUGGUCCUCACUGAGGAAAAAAAAAAAGCCCCUGACUCUGCGAUCCUGAUCGUCUCUGGCAGAUUGUUUCACACUCAGGGCUCCGGCUGCAAAAGCUCUGUCACUGCUGGGUUUCACUUUAGACCUUAGAGUGACAAGUUCAGCCCCACCAGAGGAUCUCAGACUGGGUCCUGGCUCUUAAGAGGUUACAUUCAUGUCGCCAACCCCACUAAACUGCCAGCAGUUGUGUUGCAUUGUGGGUAAAGAGGCUGGCAUAAUUUGAAAAGCAACAAUGCGUAAAACAGAAAGUUAUAAAUCAUCUUAUGAGUCCAAACACGUUUCAGGAACACAAAAUCGUUGAUGCGCACUUGUCAACGAGGGUCCUCACAAGCGCAGGCAAACAUGUGGUUGUAUACGUGUUUGUUUGCUCAUGUCUACAUGCUGACCGGGCGCUGUCAGCACAAAAUGCCAAGUCUCAUUUACAAGAUUGAGCACAGCUGUGCCCACUUACCGAGCGAGUGCAUGCAUGUGUUUACAAGUAAACAAAUUUAUUCGAACACAGCUGCGAUUUAAAGAAAAAAAUUAUCCUCUCUUUAUGCAGAUUCUUGUCAUAGAGCCGUACUGAGGUGUCACUAUGUUCUGAAUAACACUGUCACUGUUUACAUUUUAAAGAUCCGGUAAGUAACUUUAGGUUGUAUUGAUUUAUCAGACUCUUUUUCGCACUUCUAAAGGCUUUUUCUCUCUUCCAAUCAGAUACCUUCCUGAGGUGAUGGGUGACGGUUUGGCCAAUCAGAUCAACAACCCCGAGGUGGAGCUCGACAUCACAAAACCAGACAUGACAAUCCGGCAGCAAAUCAUGCAACUGAAAAUCAUGAGCAACAGACUGAAAAACGCUCUGGAGGGGAACGACGUGGACUUCCAGGACGCGAGUGAGUCCCUUUUUAAUUUUUGUACGAUUAGAAAAAAAGUCCUUUUCCUAACGCGAACAUGUUGUCUAUCCAGAUGCAUCACAAACACACAGUAACAGAUCUAUUUAGAGACUGAAGAGCUGCAGCUGAUCCACUAGAACAGUCUCAAGUGGUGAUUGUAAAGUUCUUCAAAACAUCUUUUGCUGGGGAAAGAUAAAAACAGCAGAAAGAAGCAGGAAAAUUUAAUAAAACAGGUUCAUUAAAAUGAGUACAAAUCGACAUUUACAGUCAGAUAGUGCCCAAAAAUAGGAAACAUGAGAAAACAGAGACAUCCCAGGUACAGAAAAUAUGCGUAUGUUCAUUAAAUAUUAAGGAAUUAGUUAAUUCAGCAGGAUCCAUCCUCAUGGGGUCAUGAAUAUUUUCACUAAAGCCUGUGCUUCACCCUUGAACAACUGUAAAGAUAUUUUGUCAAACAAAUACAAAAUUUGAUCUGCUUGUAGCACUUAAGCAAAAGCAAGAGGUUCAUCAAAGUCACCAAUUUCAUCCUCUGAGGAUCACGAAUGUUUGCACCGAAGUUUUUGAUCAUCCCUCCAACAAUUGUCAGAGUAUUUUGAUGGAUAGAUAAAAGUUUUGACCAAUUUAAGGCGCUGGACUAAAAGCAAGAGUGCUAAUAAUAACAUAUGCAGAGUUCACCCUCUGGAGAGCAUGAUUGCUUCUGCUAUUUCUGCUACAUGUUGACCCAGUGGUAGUUCCUGAGUUAAAGAAAGAGUCUAUUAAAGUCAUCAUGGUUCAUCCUGUUAGGAUCAUGAAUAUUUGGACAGUUUUAAGUUUCAUUAGAAUAAGUAGGAUUUAUCCUCUGGAGAGCACGACUGCUUCUGCUACACUUUCUGUCCUUCUCAUAACUGUGAAGAUGUUUUUUCGUUGAAGAAGUAUACAUUUUGACCCAGUGGUAGUUCCUGAGUUAAAACAAGGGUUCAUUAAAUUCAUCAUGGUUCAUCCUGUGAGGAUCAUGAAUGUUUGGACUAAUCCUUUAUUCUCAAAAAAGUUUUAAGUUUCAUCAGAAUAUGUAGGAUUCAUCCUCUGAGGAGCACGAGUUGAUAUACCAAUGACAUUUGUUAAAUAUGAGAAAUGUUUAAUCUGUUUGGGCUCUGGAUUCAAAGCCAUGUGAUCAUCAAAGUCUGCAGGAUUCAUCCUCUGGGGAUCAUGAUACCUGCACCAAAUACACCUAAAAACUGUGAUUUUAACAGUUUUAUCCUGUUUUUAAUGCUUAAAUCUGCUCGAUUGAUGUUACAAAGUUGUAGUUUCUAUCUUGCAGCGGUUAAAAAUCAGCGUUCUUCUCCUCUCUCCGAUGACCUCCACAGGUGAUGAUAUCAGCGGCUCAGGCAGCGGCAUGUGUGCGAGCGGUCACUGUGCACGAGGUAGACCAGGAUUGUACUCUUUCUCUCCGGACACCAACCCAAACGGAGGCGCAGCGUCAUCUCAAACCCGCUUUUGCGGUCUCCUACUCCUGCUCCCGUUGGCUGUCCUGCUGCUGCUUCAGCGAUGAUGGACCGCCGCUGCCUCCAAUCAGACUCUGACGUUUGGAGGACAAUGAGAUGGACAACGUGAGGUUUCCUUUUGUUUUUCGAGGGGGAGAGAAGAUUGGAACUUUGCCAAAAAUAAAAAAAAAAGAAAAGAAAAAGACUUUUGAAGGAAAGAGUGAACAUUUCCUUUGACCAAGAGCAGCAAAAAUUGACACUGACAAUUUUCUGUAUUUUAUUUUGCUAAGUUUGAACGUCUUAGUGUGAGUUUGAUUCAAUUUGUUGAGCUGGUUUCAAUGGAUGUUUGUGACGAAGACAGAUGGAGAAAAGGAAAAAAAGCGAGAAGACUGACUGUUUAUAAAAAAAAAGAAGACCUGGAUAUUGAUCAUGAUUUAUUGACACAAUCAGGUCCUGUUAGCUGAAGGCUGAAAAAGUUCACCGAUCAAAAAUGUAGUGCGUUCAACAAAGCUUUUUUAUUCCUUUUCAUUUUAUGAUCUCAAGUCGAGGAUGUCUACCUUACCAAACCUGGUGUAAGUUGUAAAUGUUUGUGUACAUUAGCAAAAAGACUGGCGCCAUAUUGAGCCAUGAAUGUACAGUAUAAUACUAAUAUUGGCAAUGAUUUCCCCCCUCAUUUCUGUGAUGUAGUCGUCCAGAUGUUCUUGGUGUGUGUCGGCAUAAACGGUUCGUUACAUUCAGUAGGAUUCAGUUUGAGAUGUCGCGGAUAAAUUGUCACGUGAUUUUACCUCACUUCUACUGUAAACAUCCAUUUCAAAAGAAAGAAAUCGACAGGAAUCUACUGCUCUCUUAAUCAAAUCACCGACUUUGUAAAGAAAUAAGCAUCUCAUCAAGAGCGAGCGGGCAGAUCCCAGAAGAACCUGAAAACUGGGAAGGAUUUAGCAACUGCAGAAAUCUCCACAGGGAAGGUUUCAUGACGCAGUAAUACUGAAGAGGACUCCUUAUUGAACACGCGCCUGUGUUAAGAAAGAGAAAUGAAGGCUCAGAAGCAACAGAGAGGCUGAUAUACAGCAGGUCAAACCAAAGCACUUAUUACACCUUACACACUCACUUUAUUUGUUUUCUUUUUUACAGUUUCAGACGUCUUAACCUUUCACCAGGAUUUGUAAGACAGGUUUGUGGUUUUUUGUACAUACAGAACAGGAUAUUUACGGGCUAUACAAACACCUGGUGACUUCUCAUUAUCUCAGCAUGCCUUUCUUUCAGUCUACUCUACUAUACCGGUUCAUAUGAGACUCCUGGUUCACACAAGUCUCCUGCACAUUCACAUGUUACACACUGGGAUUGUGUAUUAAGCUGAUUUUUUAUUCAUCAGUGUAUUUAAUCACACAUUUCAUUCAUUAAACUCUGUUUGAUUGUUGCAGUGGA